CUUUUAGCCAGCAUUAACAAGGAGCCUCGCUGCUGCUAGAGUACAAACGCGUGGCGGACAGCAGUGGCCUGAAACUGCCUGAAACUUGCAUCCUUCAACCUUUUAACCAGUAAGUAUGUAGACUAAGCUAAGCCUGAAUGUGCAAUAAUAUAAUAAAUACCAUAACUGUACAGAUGUAACAAUGUUUAUUGUUUUUUGGCACCUGUGAACGAAAGGUCCUUAAAGAAGUCCCCUAAUUGGGACGAAACGCGUUGGACAUCUAGUCUUGACUUUUGUAAACUACACUCGCUGUUUUUAACUACCACCAAAGUCAAUAAAUUGUUUCAAAGCUACACCUUCUAUUUGUACUUCAAUUUUAAUUUUCCUUUCUCUGAGCUAAACACAUUCUACCACUGUUACGAGCUCAUGGAGAUCUCUAGAUCAGAGGAACAACCCAUUUGAUUUGAUCAUCACUCUUCAUACACAGUUAUAUACUAUGUUGUCUUGCAUUUUUUUCCUUUUAGCAUAAUAUUUCCUAUUUUGUUGUAUACAGAUGUAGCAGUGUAUGGCGUGAUCAUAAGUAAAAGACAAUGCGAAUGGUUCCAUACAUUACAAAGUAGUGUGAUUGACUAAAUUGGAUUGUGGUUGCAUAGAAGAGAAGGAUUAAUGCAAAGAUUGUGCAAUAUUAUUUCAAGAGAACAAACAUUGCUUGUCAUGAAGGGAAUAGGGGAAAAAGGGUCACCUCACCAUCUGGUGAUCUGCCAUCAAAAUCUUUUAGGUAAAUGUAUACCCAUCGACGGGCAUAUCUGCACCUUAAUACAGAUGGUAACUAAUGGUUAGGUCGAGGCCAUCCAUGCCCCAAAACCACUCUUUGUUUUCUAUUUUUCACCCCCUUGCUCCCACCCCACUUCAACAAUUAAUCUUUCUUUUAUUUUAACAUUUAAUUUAUUUUAUUGCCGUUUUAGUUGUUUUAUAAUAACAUUCUACUGUACAUGUAUAUCUAUUAUAUGUUACAUUUCUACUUUUGUUUGGAUUGUGGUUUGGCAAAGGUUUACACAUUUAAUCUAUACUGCAGUCACACUACACAAAAGAAAUUAAUAAAUAUUUUUGAAAAAUAAAAAAGAGGGGGUAUUAUAGAUAUUUGUUGAGUUAUUAUGGUAAGUGUCACACCGUCCCCCUAGAUCCUUCACAAUAUGUAGUAUUGUCAUCAUAGGGCCCACUAAUGCCGUUUGAGAGCAACCACUUGUCCUUCCUUACACUGUCAUUCUCUGAACUGGAAACGUAAUGGUUCCAUGAAAACACAUAAGGUGGUCCUGACACCUUCUACAUACUUUACAUCCAGGGGUUGUGUGAUAAGGAAAUACACUGAGAGCUAAUUUCCCUCUGUGUCAGUAAUUAAGCUGUCAUGCCGACAUAACAUUCUGCCUAUACAUUGUGAUAGCAGAUUUGUUAGCAAAUGUAUAGAUGAAGAUAAAAACCUAUUUUUGUCAAUCAAUUCUUUGGAAUUGGUUCUAUGGUGAUUGAUUAAAUUCUAUACCAGAUACAUAUCUAUGUAAUUCUUGAAGUUUGUUUCUGCAAAGUGAAUUGUUCAUUUAAAUGACACAUGCACUUUAUUAGAAAAAACGAAUUUUAUGUUUUUUAUCGUGUCUGACUUUUACAUUUAUUGCUGUUUGGAAUGGUUUAAUAUGCUUUAAUAUGUAUUUGUAUAUGUAAUGGCAUAAGAGCCAGUUGUUAAAGGGACACUCAAGGCAACCAGACCACUUCUGCCCAUUCGAGUGGUCUGGGUGCCAACUCCCACCACCCUUAACCCUGCAAGUGUAAUUAUUGCAGUUUUUAUAAACUGCAAUAAUUACCUUGCAGGGUUAAGUCCUCCUCUAGUGGCUGUCUAUGAGACAGCCACUAGAGGGACUUCAGUGUUCCUAGAACACGAAAAGUGUUUUAAACAACGCUGGACUUCCUCAUGCUAUGCAUGAAGACCUCCAGCGUCGCCGAAAUCCCCAUAGGAAAUCAUUGAAUAAUGCUUUCCUAUGGGUAGGUCUAGUGCGCGUGUGGCCAUUGGCGCGCAUGCAAAUUAGGUCUCCCCCGCCAGCUGACGUCAGCUGGGGAGGAGCGUGGGCAGAGCCUGACCCAGAGCCGAGGGACAUCAGCACUGGAUUCAGGUAAAUCACUGAAGGGGUUUUAACCCCCAUCAGCAACAUGGGAUGGGGGUGGGAGUGAGAGGGGCAUUGCAGAAUUUUGCAGUGCCAGGAAAAUGGAUAUGUUUUCCUGGCACUGGAGAGUCCCUUUAACUUCUUUGUAAAAAGAAGGGUUGGAAACAAGACAGAAACCAGUCGCUAAGUAGCUUUUAGCAGCUGUAAUAGACAAUAUUAGGAGCUAGUAGCUGGUACUUAGCAAUCGGCAUUUUAGCGAGUACCUGCUCGCCGGUAGAAUUUAUCGACAACUUUGGGAGGAAGGCUUGAAUAGGUACUAGGAAGAAUAUAUUUAACAUACCCCUUAUGUCAUAGCCAGAUACCAUUAUAAUCUAUUUUAUCUGCGCAGUUUUUUUGGUUAUAAAUUUGUAAUUUCCUUGUUAAAUCUCCACAUUUUUCAUCGUAGAGAAUUCAACCUUGUGUUUCUUAAAAUGUCCAUAAAUAUGAUGUAUUAUCUCUUUCUUAAAGGAACAUCACAAACAAGAAAAAUCUGAUUGACGACUGUGAGCAAUAAUGCAAAUACAAUUAUUUACAUAGAGCCAACGUAUUCCGUAGCAAUGUACAACAGAUUAAUAAGGCAAACAUUUAAUUCUAACAACACAUGUCUGAUAUACAGGAAAAACAGGUGAAGAGAGUCCUGCUCAAACGCUUACAAUCUAAAGAGCACUUGCUCAAAGAGAUAGUGAGGACUUCUCAGCGAGAAGUAUCUGCUUCAAUGCUUCUCUAUGAGUGGGAUUCUAUUGGUGCCUCUCACAUGCUGUAGGACCUCUCUAUGUCAAGAAUUGGAAUGGUCAUAGAGAUCUCCCCUAGUUAGAAUCUCCUGGGGUGUAGCGGAGCUGUGGUAAUGAGACCAUUUAGGCACUAGAUUAGAGGUAAAUAACAGCUUUAUUUUAUGGGAACAGAGAUAAAAAUAGUCAAGCUGUGCCUGAAGUGGAGAUGAGAUUCUUUCCAAAUCAACUAUUUUAGCCUGAAUUUUCCAAUUCAGAUUUAAAGGGACACUUUGGGUACCAUAACAACUUAAUCGGAAUGAGGUUGUGAAUAAAGUUGACGAUUGAUUUAACCUCAGAGUGUUGAAUCUGAGGCCUGGUCACCCUGCUCAGCUAUUUCCAUCGCAGUCCAUGACUUGAAUCAGGAAUCCUAGGACUAGGAGCCACUGACACGUUUGCAUAUAUUUUUCAAGCUGUUUUGAGAAUUUUUGAAGUUGUUAUGGUGCCCAGAGUGUUCCUCUAAUACACUAAAAUGCAUAGUUUUAUGAAUAACCCUGACAGAUUCAGCAUCUACAUGUGCCAAGUUAUAAGCUGAUCUAGGGUCAUAUAAAUACCUCCAUAAUAGCUAUGGCGAUGGAACCCAAACAUCUCCACAUUUUACUUUAGGCCAACUCUUUCCCAUACUUUACAAACAUGGAAAAGUCCACAAAUUAUACGAGCCUUCUCAGGUUCUAGAAUCCUGCUGGUCUUGGAAUACAGCAUUUCCUGGAGCACUGAUUUACUGGUGAUCUCACAUACAAACAUGACAAAUCAGAUAUUUACAGCUACAAAUAGCAGUUCACUCUUUUAACACUUACUGGAAUUAAUCAAUGUAGCCCAUGGAUCAGCGCAGCUAGGGGAGUUUUCUACCCGUUUUUUCACAGCGGCAGGGAAUGGCCAGGUUAAAUCAGGGGGUAGAUGGAGGAGGAAGUGGGCAUCUUGAGGUUUAGUGUGGAUAAGGCAGUGUUACACUUGGUUGGUAGGUUCGAGCCUGUCUGUGGCUCCAAACCUGGGGGUGUAGCGGUGUCUUGAUACACCCUUACAAUUUAAUCUGGUGGAAAUGUGGUCAUAUUGGACGCCCAGUUUGUGUGUUAAUAUGUUAAUUAGAUUGUUAUUUAUUGUUAUUAUUGUGGGGUCAUUGCCAGGGGUAUGUUAUGGAUAUGGGGGGGGAUGUUGGCUUUAAUAAUAAUUGUUGGCAAUGACCAUAAUUGUUAUUCCUUAAUUAAUUAAUAAUUAAUAAAGCUGCGGACUUAUAUUCCCAACAGUAUAACCUGUGUCCGUGUCUUAAUGGGUUCAGGCUAAGGUUAGCGUUUAUGCUAGUAAAUCAGACUGUGCGCCUGUCAAUACAUUUUCAGAUGCAAUAAAGUUUUCUCAUUCCCAUCUGAACACCUGUUAGAUGCAGUCUACACAGUCUAAUAAUCUUUAAUUUCUUGGUAGGGCUGCUUCUAAUUCACAGGGCUCUGACCGCUGGAUCCACUACACCUCAAUGUGUUUUGUGUGGAUUUUGUUUUGGUGUCACUGCAAAGUUGCGCUGCGAUUUCACAGGCUCCAAACAGCCCUUUUACUGCUGAAAAUGCGUUAAACCAGGCAAGAUGUCAGUAGGCAAACACUGGUAGCAACAGUAACCCUUUGAGGCCACAGAAUGUGUCACAUAUAAUAUGUUCUGAACAUGCAGUAACAUGCUCAGCAUCCUUAGGGAUAGUUGAUCAUUCCUCUAUUAAAAUAAAUAAAUAAUAAAAAAUGGUUCCCCAGUAACAACAGAGGCUUUGUAUGUGGCCUCUUGUCUUUCUUCAUCGUGCAGCCUGCAGGGUGGAGAACAAUGAUCUAUAUAUACAUGGGAGCUAGUUAACCUUAUGGGGUUAACGCUAUAAAUAAUUAUGGCCCAAAUUAUGGCCAAGAGAUGGACCAGGGGUAUAACCCUGUAAAAAAAACAUAUAUAUAUAUAUAUAUUUACAUCUGAUUUUAAGAGCAGUACAGCUAUGUACACUGCUUAAAGGGUUACUUUAGCUGCCAUGAAGUGAUUAUGGUGUGCAUGGAAGGCAGCACUGGGAGCUUCACCCGAUGCUGGAUUCCAGGUGGGUAAAUCCUUAUGGCCAUAAUAGACAACUGUGUCUUUAAUAAAAAAAAAAAAAAGAAUAAACUAAAAGCCGAUAAUCACAUUAAACUACAAUCCUGCUCAGUCUGGGGCACAUGGACAAACAGAUGUGCUUUCUUGAUCCUCUUGCCCCGAUGUUCAGGUAAUCAAUGGGAAUGUUCUACAAGCUUCAUGCUUAUUUUUUAACAUUAUUUAUAAAGCGCCAACAAAUUCCGUAGCGCUGUACAAUGUAUCCAAGCUCCCUUCAGCAGCACAUCUGUUUGCAGCUGUUUUCCAAUUUAAUUUCGUCACUAAGUGCACGGUAGGGAGGCCGUGGCUCUGGGGAUGUUUUCUUUGAACCCCCCAAAAAAUGUCCGUGGCACUCAUAGAAAACGUGCUCUAGCCUAGUCUGAGCGGUGUCUUAUGGGAAAUUCAGCCCUGACUAUGCAUAUAUAUCAGCUGUAUAAAAACCUGCCAUAUGUUAUUUGCAACAAACGCUGCCAGUCUGCUAGUUUCCACUGCCGCUCCCAGCUCUGCGGUGUCUGAACAAACAGAUUAAUCUGAGCUAGUUAUGGGAAUUGAAGUGAGAGAUGACACUAACGAUGCUAUGAAAGUGCAUCACCAUCAAAUAAACACUAGGGGGCAGUGGAGAGACAGCAGGUCUGGGUUAAAACAGCACCUUACCUUCACACAAACUUACACUUGGCAAAUCUGUAUCACUCAAACAAAUGACUGGCAGCUGACCAUCAAUUAGGCUGCAUUAGAUGGUUUAGGCUCCACGUCUAAUUAGGCAUGGUUGCUUUGUGUCUUAUGAAGCCCUCUAGCAUUCAUUAUUCUUAAAUUCUUGGCAGGCGUUCUAGAUUACUGUAUAGUCUAUAUAGUUUGUGGAAAGCUCUAAUUUAAGUGUUUUUUUCUAUCAGAAGUCCAGAGGAAAGGAAAGUGUUAAUUUGACUUCACUACCCCCAUCCCUUUGUAAACAGAGUAUAAAAUAUAGAGCUGGGACUUCAAUAGGUCUCAGUGCCACAAUUCCCCUUAGGGCUCUACAGCAACAAGCUAAUUAGAGAAUUAGUAUGAAUAUUAAUUGGGGAAAGAAUCUGCAGUGCGAUUUUAUAUAGAAAAUAAUACGCUUAAUUUAAUGACUUUUUGCAAGGACAUAUUUACAUUCAUAGAUACAGUACCAUAUAUAAUCAUAUUUAUCAUACAUCCAGAUGUAAAAAACUGCAUCAUUUAUAAUGACAUAUACAUAUGUUUAAAUAUCUCCUCUAGAUUGUUAGCUCGUUUGAGCAGGGUCCCCAACUACCUAUUGUUCCACUGCGGAAUAAGCUGGCACUAUAUAAAUACCAAUAAUAUGUAUAUAUAGAUAUAUAUAAAUAAACAGGUCAUUGUAUACACAGUUUAUUUACUUUGCUUUUACCUGUAAGUGGCUGUCGGUUUAACUAGUGUAUAUAUACUCUAACAUUGGUGUAACAAUGAUAUCAUUAUUAUAUUCAGUUUCCUGUGAACGGCUAAAUUGCCUGAGUGGUAAUUAGUGAGUCACCAUUACUCUUUAUAUAUAUUUGCACACAGUGCACAUGUUGGACUCAUCUGCCCAACCUCUGUUUGCAGCCUGUCUGUGCCUUCUGGGCAGCUGUUAAAGGAUUAGGUCAUCUGUCAUGAGAAGGGUAAUGGUAUUUAGGGUGUGACCCUGGCUUACUCCUUAUAUUGUGCAGAGCAUUGCAGUUUAGUGUCUACAGGAAUCCAUGCCCUUUUGGCAUUUAACAGUUAAGGGCUUAUUGGAACCCAAUAUAAGGUAGAAUUAUUUUUUGCUGGUACACAUAUACUCACAGUGACUACCGCCACUGGUCCCUGAUUUUGGUAUACCUGGAUUAGUUUGUGUUUGGACAACCUUUUACCUGAUGGAGCCCUCUUGUUCCUCCUGAAUAGCCAGAACCCUUAGUAACAAGCCUUCAAGAAGAGUUUUUUUUUGGUAUUUUCAUCUUUCCUUAUUCAUGAUUUUUGUACAGUUCCGCCUGAUUGUCUGGCUAUCAUGUUGUUCAGAUUCCAUUCCACCUCCUUCCAAAGGUUCUCCAUUGGAAUGAGAUCUUGGGACUGUUCAGGUCAUUCUAAACUAUAAAACCAAAGUCACUGUGACAUUCAUGGAACUGGUCGGAGAUGAUGUGGGCUUUGAUUCAUGAUACUUUAUUAACUAACAUUUUGCACAGUGUUUGUGGUUAGCAAUAACGCUGUUGCAUUGAUGCUCAAUUGUUAUCGGGGCCAGGAAAUCAAAACCCUCAACAUUACACAGAUAGAAGCAGCCUGUACUGUUGAUGGGAUGGUUUUAUUCAUUUUCUGCCAAAUUUUGACUUGACCAUCUGCAUAUGGAAGCAGAAAUCAACAUUUGUCAGACCAGGCAACAUUUUUCUGCCAGUCUGGUGCCCAGUAUAGUCUAAUCUUCCUGGCACAACAAAAGUGGAACCAGUCAUUGAAUGACAUUUCACUGCCAUAGCCAUCCACCUGAAGGUUCGAAGUGUUGGCCAUUCAGAGACAAUUUUUUUGUGGUCCUUCUGCCAGUUAGCAGUCUGACCUCUUAUUAACAAGGUGUGUUUACCUACACAACUGUGGGUCAUCCCAUAUUUUAUUUAUUGCACCGUAAUCUGUAAAAUCUAAUCUCACUAGUGCAUUAGAAUUCUAGAAGAUAAAUGGUCUUUGUGUUCCUGGAUCCACCAUGUCUGGCACCGAAGAUCAUACCAUGGUCAAAGUCAAGUAGAUUAUUUACUAACAUCAAGACUCUGGUUUAUGGGUACAAACUAGAGAAAGCUAAAUGUAAUAUUUCUUGAUAAAUAUUUUGAUGUUAUUUUUUAUACGUUUAGUCAACUAGCUUCGUGACAAUGUCUGCAUGCUUUAUAUAUUGAGUCGCAUUGCUUAUUUUCAUUAAUCGGGUUCUAACUGUUAGAAGCGUAAUAAAAAAAAAAUGGAAGUUGCAAUUUCAGAUCAGUUAUCUAGGGACAGCAGUGCAAACAUCUUCCCCAUAUAAGGUUUUAUGAAAAGUUUAUUUUUGAAAAUGUGAAUCACGUAUUAAAAAACAACAUGUAAAAACGUAGAAACAAAAUAAAGCUGUAAGAUGUAUGUUUCAAUAUACUUCUGUUUCUAACUUGGCUUUUUUUCCUGUUUAUAUUUUUCUCCAGAAACCACUGUUUAGUGAAUAAAUCCCAUUUUAUUAAGAUGUAAUGUUAUAACAAAUUAAAAGCAAGAGAUGAUAAAGGUCUUGUUGGUUGAAUUGAAACAUCGAUGCCCUUUUGUUUGGUUAAUAAAUUAACAUUUUAUCAUAUGACGGGGGAAAAACACAGCGCUGUAAGAGCUUUUGGACUCUACAUAAUGUCAUUGAGACUUGGAUUAUCAUAAAGCUGACAGACAGCCUUCUCCAUUAUUCGGCUGUAUCUUCCAAUUAACACUUCUCACCCUGUGCGCAGCAUCCCAUAGGAAAAAGUCUGGUCUAGCAAUCAGGCACGAUGGGGACACAGGAAGGGAAAAAAGCUAUUAGAUUAGAGCAAAGGGAGAGUUUGAAAGCAGGAAAAUGAAAUUAGAGGAAGCAUGCAGGAGAGAGAGGAGAUACGGAGGAAUUAGAGAAAGGAAGAAUGAAAAAACAUGAAUCACAUCACAGAGUAGGAACGCUCUGGUUUUUAGUCAUUCGCUCUUCGAAUUUCAUAGAUACUUUUUAGAAGAAAAACUAUAUACUUAGUUAAUGGCCAAUGGAGUGAUACUAAAAAUCUCCUGAUAUUUAAAUGUGCAUAGGGAAUUGGGAUAAUGCCCAGAUAACUUUUUUUUUAGUUUUUACAUGAAAAAAAUGUAAAAGACAUAAGUUUACACAAUUUUAAAUCAUCAUUCAUCUGUCCAUCCUUUUCAAAAAUAUACAGUUGCAUCAAACAUUUGUACAAUGUGGGGCAUUGCAGCUAGCUAGUAUUGGAACCUGCAAUAAUGUAAUGUACUCGGAUUCUACACGCCUCCCUGACCUUCAGUGUGGGAGAAGAAGCACGGGCUGCAAUUCAUAGUCCCUCUGCAGAGAUGUAGAGGUAUAGCAUAUGGCCCUAGAAAAGAAAUGUGUUUCUCUGCAGGUUGAAAACAGCACUAAAUCAAAGAUUAAUGGAGUGGAGAGUUAGUGCCUAAAUUUCAUUUCCCAGUAUUUAAUAGUGAGUUAAACACGUGAUUUGAAUGGAAGGGGUUAAACAGAGUCUCCCCCUAAAGCAAACUAUUUUUUUUUUCAUUAAUGUUUUAUUAAGAGGUUUUCAGUUAUAAAACAUGAUAAACAGUACAUAAUCGUAUACCAUUCAUGGUGAAAACAAUGCGUUAUAGAGUGUAACAAAGAAAAUACUGUAAGAUAAAAUUAGUAAUGUAGAAUAAAAUUAAACAACAUAGAAUACAGUGGUAUAACAUAGACAAUGGCUACAGACAUUCAUUAUUUUUCAUGAAUGUUACUUUUUUUUUUAUUAGCAGGUUUUUGUUUGAUCAUUUUUAGCACAAAAGGACUUAGAUAAAGAUAAACUGCUAGUUCGAUACAUACACAUAUUUUCAGUGUUGGAGAGGAAUUAUCUUGAGCAUACCAGCAUAUCUAUCUGUGUGUGUCUGCCUCUCUGUCUGUCAGUCUGUACUUCUGUCUGUUGUUGAAUAGUACAUGUACACAUAAAUUCACAUCUGUCCAUCUUUCUGUUUUUACGUACAUUGCAAUGGAAUCUAUUAUUAUUAAUAUUACUGGUAUUUAUAUAGCGCCAGCAUAUUCCGUAGUGCUUUACAAUAUUAUCAAAGUGGGAGAUUUAACACUAAAUUAGACAAUUACAAAAACUUACAGGAACAAUAGGUUGAAGAGGGCCCUGCUCAAAGGAGCUUACAGUCUAUAGAAGGUGGGGCGUAAAACUCAACAGGACAGGAGGUAGCAAUAAAACAAGGUGGAGUGAAGCAGAGCUGGAGGAGAGAAAAGAGUGCUGCCCUUUAGGAGAGAGCAAGGGACAGCUACGGGAGGUAGAGAUUACUCUGGGAGGCAAUAAGCUUUCCUAAAGAGAUGGGUUUUGAGGCACUUUUUAAACAAUUGUAAACUUGGGGAGAGCUUGAUGGUCGAAGGCAGGCUAUUCCACAGAAAAAGAGCCACCCGCGAGAAGUCCUGCAAGCGUGAGCAGGGCCGGCGCGUCCAUAAGGCGGCACAGGCGGCCGCCUUAGGGCGCAAGGGCUCUGGGGGCGCAAUAUUUCAGUGACCGGCAGGAGGGAAGCUCUCCCUCCUGCCAGGCCACCAUCUCGACCUCCGGCGCGGCAGUGCUGUGAUCAGGCGCGGCGAGGGAGCUCUAAUCUCCACCCUCUGCUCCCUCGCGCGCUGUCUGCUGAUGCCGCGGGAGCCGGAAUAUGAUGUCAUCAACCCGGCUCCCGCGGCAUCAGUAGGCAGCCCACGAGGGAGCAAAGGUUGGAGAUUAGAGCUCCCUCGCCGCGCCUGAUUACAGCACUGCCGCACGCCUCCCAGCAGCCCCAGGGACAGAUACAUCAUCCACACCAGCUCUCCAGGUAGGGAGGCUGGGUGGAAAAUAUGUAUUUAUAAAAUAAUUAGUGAAUGUAUGUGAUGUGUGUCUGUGAGUGACAGUGUGUGUGUGUCUGUGAGUGACUGUGUGUGUGUGUCUGUGAGUGACAGAGUGUGUGUCUGUGAGCGACAAUGUGUGUGAGUGACAGUGUGUGUGUGACAAUGUGUGUGUCUGUGAGUGACUGUGUGUGUGUGUCUGUGAGUGACAGAGUGUGUGUCUGUGAGCGACAAUGUGUGUGAGUGACAGUGUGUGUGUGACAAUGUGUGUGUCUGUGAGUGACAGUGUGUGUGUGUCUGUAAGUGACAGAGUGUGUGUCUGUGAGCAGUGUGUGUGUGACAAUGUGUGUGUCUGUGAGUGACAGUGUGUGUGAGUGACAAAGUGUGUGUGUCUGUGAGUGACAGUGUGUGUGAGUGACAAAGUGUGUACGUCUGUGAGUGUAAGUGACAAAGUGUGUGUAAGUGACCAAGUGUGUGUGUCUGUGAGUGACAAAGUGUGUGUGUCUGUGAGUGACUGUGUGUGUCUGUGAGUGACAGUGUGUGUGUCUGUGAGUGACUGUGUGUGUGUGUCUGUGUCUGUGAGUGACAGUGUGUGUGUGUGUCUGUGAGUGACAGUGUGUGUGUGUGUCUGUGAGUGACAGAGUGUGUGUGUCUGUGAGCGACAGUGUGUGUGAGUGACAGUGUGUGUGUGACAAUGUGUGUGUCUGUGAGUGACAGUGUGUGUGAGUGACAAAGUGUGUGUGUCUGUGAGUGACAGUGUGUGUGAGUGACAAAGUGUGUACGUCUGUGAGUGACAGUGUGUGUGAGUGACAAAGUGUGUACGUCUGUGAGUGUAAGUGACAAAGUGUGUGUAAGUGACAAAGUGUGUGUGUCUGUGAGUGACAGUGUGUGUGAGUGACAGUGUGUGUGUUUGAGUGAUAGUGUGUGUGUCUGUGAGUGAUUGUAUGAGUGUGUGUGCAUGUGAGUGUAUGAGUGUGUCUGUCAAAUCAGUGAGAGUAUGUUUGUCAUUGAGUCUGUGUGUGACUAUCAGUGUGUCUGUCAAUGAGUGUCAAUCAGUGUGGGUCUGUCCGUGUCAAUGAAUGAGUGUGUGUCAGAUCAAUGAGUCUGUGUCUGUCAGUGACGUCUGUGUGUUUGUCAUUGAGUGUGUGACUGUCAGUUUGUACAGAGUGUAGCGGAGCAGAGCGCGGUACAGGAACUUCUGUUUCCUGUACCUGGCCAGACUGACAGGAGGUGCUCACAGAGAGAGCACUCCCUGUCAGUCCGGCCGGGUACAGAAAACUGAAGCUCCUUUAGGGAAUCUGCUCCACUCGGCAAUGCAACAAUAGAGGUAGGAGGCACACCAGGAAGGGGAGUGUGACCACUAAAGGGGUGUUGGGUGCACCAAGGGACAGGGAGGGAAUGGGAGAGAAACACCAAGAGACAGGGAAAAGGGGGGAGGGGAGAAGAACACUAAGGGACAGGGAAGGGAAGGGACUACUAAUGGUCAGGGAGGGGAGAGGGGCUGGUUAAGAGGCACAUAGGUGAAGAUGUUUUUUUUUUUCAGGGGGGGGGAGGUGUGGGGCGGAAAAAUGCAUCUUCCCCUAUGUACCUAAAAAUCCAAGCACCGGCCCUGAGCGUGAGUUAGCCGUACGGGUGCAAGCAGCGGUCAGGAGAAGGUCAUGGGCAGAGUGGAGAGACCAAGAAGGGGCAUACCUGCGGAUCAGUGAAGAGAUAUAGGAGGGGUUAGAAUUGGUUAGUGCCUUAUAGGUGUGGAUUAGUACUAUGAAGUGACUCACAUAGGAUACUGGAAGCCAAUGUAAGGACUGACAGAGGGGUGAGGUGUUAGAGGAGCGACAGGAGAGGAAAAUCAGUCUGGCGGCAGCAUUUAUUACAGACGGUAGCGGGGCAAUACGACUUGUGGGAAGACCUAUUAGGAGAGAGUUACAAUAAUCCAUGCAAGAGAUUACUAGAGCAUGGACAAGCUCCUUAGUAGCAUCCUGCGUAAGAAAGGGGAGAAUGUGGGCUAUGUUUUUAAGGUGGAAUCUACAGGAUUUGGUAACAGACUGGAUGUGAGGCUCAAAUGUGAGGCCAGAAUCAAAUAUAACGCCAAGACAGCGCACUUGCAAGGAUGGACUGAUGUGGGUACCACUAACUUGAAGGGAGAGCGAGAGAGGAGGAUCAUUAUUGUCAGGAGGAAAGACAAGAAGUUCAGUUUUCGAGAGAUUGAGUUUAGAAAACCGGGAGGACAUCCAAUCAGAGAUGGAAGAAAGGCAAGCAGUGACACGUAGCAGAACAGCAGGGGAGAGGUCCGGGGAGGAGAGAUAUAUCUUUGUGUCAUCAGUGUACAGGUGGUAGUGGAAUCCAAGUGAGGUGAUAAGUUUGCGAAGAGAGGAAAGGUUUCCUGUAUUUCUAUACUAUAAGUUAUCUAGGUAAACUUAACGUGCAUUUAGACAGUUUAGUUGUUGUGGUUUCAAUUCAUGCAACCCAGAAUCUCCAUCUUUUCACCUGCUCACAAUGCACAUCAUUCAAAUAUUAACCAUUCAGUUCUAUUCUGCCUCAUUUGCCUUUUUAAGAAAGGACACAUCCCACAUAUUGUUUUGUUAGGUUACUUUCACAGCUUGGCACGUUCCAGGAAUGAUCUUGUGACAAUUGUAUUGAAAUCCAGGGAUGUUUACAUUGCUUUGUUAGGACUUUCUUACACAAUUGUAAGACAUUCUCACAAGAAAUAAUCUUUAGUAAUUAUAAUCUUAUACUGGGUCUGUUUAACCAUAUGGAUCAAUGCAUUGGUACCCUUAUUAUUUUACGAUGUUAAGUGAGAUUAGCCAGGGGUUUGAUAAUGAAUAUUUUAUUAUAGCUAAUAUCAUCCACUGUGCAAUCAGAAUUUUGUGUAGCAUAAAAUAUUUCUAAUAUUUUAUAGUUAGAUAUUUUAUUCAUAUGCGUAUACAUAAAUUACAAGACGAUACAAAGUAACAAUAUUAAAUGUGAUCUUCUAAUUUUUAAGUGCCAACUCUUUUUUUAAAAAAACAUUGUAAUUCUAAAUGUUAGCCCUCGUAAGGCUUUGCUCUUUAAUAGUAAAUACAGCUACCUGGCUGAAACCAGACAUCUGUACUAAAAACAGCAUUGCAGAUUGAUGCUGUAACCAACACAUUACUCCUGCAAUAUAUCCAGAGCCCUCCCUGACAGCAAUUCUUUUAAACCUUGCCGAUUUCCAUACAGCCCAGAGAGAAAGAGGGACUGGCUUUUCCAGUCUGCUUGUCAUAUACAGAGCCCUGUUAGAAAAACCUGUUUCUUUGCUGGGUGAAGAUCAACAAUGUUGUGGAUGUAUAGUAAAGGAUUAUGGGAAAUACAGGUGGCAAACAUUUGCAGUUCCAUGCCCGGUGAAAAUGUAAAACAAAAAUUCUUCACUUGGCCAUUCAUAUCCCCUGCCACGUUCGCAUUGUAGAGUUCACCCUCUCUGAUUACUCAUUUAAGCAUUAAUAAUAUGCAUGUGAAUGAUAAUUUUGUGGCGAGAUAAAUUUACUAAGAAGUUAAAAGCUAAUUAUUGAAAACAAAACAAACAAUAGAAAAAUCUGCUCUAUGAAGUAUGUAAGAACAGCGGAAAUCUGUUAGUGGGUAUUGUAGGAUAAAAAAGCAUAUUUGCAGCCCACGCACCCGAAAUGCAUUGCACUGUUCACCAUGCUAUUGCUAUGAGUUACGGACCCCUCUGCAACGAAAGGGAUUAUGUGAACGUGAGAGUGAAUGUGUAACAGAAAUCCGAGGUGAUAAAAAGACAGCGAGAGAUUACAUUUUACAGAGAAUGGAUGGUUAGACUGAUUUUUUUUGUUCUUUCAGAAGUAAAGGUUUUUGUUGAAUAAGGGAGGGGGGUAAACACAUGCUGAUGAACAGACGGAAUGGCAGAGGGAAAUGGAAAGAGGUGUGAAUGGCACAGAAGGGGGGGAGAAAAAGAGGAGGAAAAAAAGGGAAUUCUAGUAGAAAAUGGAAAAUAGAAUGAAAUACAAAUGACGGACUGAAGAAAAAAAAUGGGAGGAGGGAGAGUUAACGAAAAUAUAGAGAGAAAAUAGGAGAGUGAUUCACAGCAAGAAAGAGGAAUACAAGCAAUAUAUAGAAAUACGAAGUAAAGUGGACAUUCAAGAACAGAACAGGAAGGAGGAAUAAUUAGGGAAUUGGAGUGAAAUUCUAGAAAGAAUGCAUGGAGGGGAAUUGGAUAAAGGAAGGCCAAUCUGCACGUGUUGGGAGACGGCCAGUGAUGUGUCCUUGAAGAGAGGCUUAUUCAGCAAAUGCAAGGUUUUGUCUCUUAAUAUUUAAUUUCUAAAGAAAAGCUUCAAAGCUAAGAGCCUGGGGAGGGUCAUUGCUGGGGGGUGGGGGGGAGUACAGAUCAGCCGGGUGUGUGGAAGGGAUGGUACCAGCAGAGGAGGGAAGAACUGAUUGACAUUCCGAGCACUCGGAUCUUUGACACAUGUGGGAGGAUAUUGAUCCUCUCUCAGCCUACAGACUCUGCUGAUAAAUAUUGAUCAGGCUCAGACUCUCUGAGAGAGGGGUGUUCAAUUGGGCGUGCCAGCUUGAGCGGCACUUGUGUAUGUGGUGGGGGAAUGUGUGUAAGCAAACCAAGGAAAAAAGUUGAAUUAUUUGUGAAUACUAUAUAUUUACCAAAUCGCCAUUAUGCACCUCUUCAUAUAUAUUACAUAAUCUGCCUGUUAUGGCAAAAGGAGCAGUUUAUGUUUUAUAAUCUUGUAGUGCACAUAUGGCAAUGUCAGUCAUGCCAUUAUUUCUCAUAAUAAAUGAGAAGUAACACAGGCUUUGCCCAGCAAGCACUACUGUGCCCCUAAUCUGGCAGAAUGGGACCUACAUGCGCAUAGAGUACUCCAUAUAUCCCAAAUCCCAAAAUGGCGGAUCUCCUGAAUGCCUGUGCCACAGCCAGAAUCCGCUCUGGUUUACAUAGUGUUCUAUAACAGAGGGAGAGGGUUCAGAAUGUGGCAUAGAUACAGGGGCUAGCCCUGCGGCAACAUGACCAGGCUGGGACCUGAUGUUGUAAAUUCAUUUUAUAUUUAAUUUUACAUGAAAAAUCUGUACACUUACUAGUCGUUCAGCAUUUCUUUGAUUUAUUUUGCUAGCUCAACUAACUUGUCACUCACACUAUUUAUAGAUGACAACUUACAUUAAGAACAAAUGGCUUCAGAAAGAUAAGUAAGCUUAAUUAUUUAGAGAAAGGAACAGUCUGUUCUGCCAUUUACAUGUGUUUUCUGUUUUUAUUUAAAUAUAUAUAUAAAUUUCUCGGCUUGAAUAAUGUAUUUUAAGGGUAUAGGAACAAGCCAUUUUACAUCUUCACCAGGUGUUUUAAGAUGUAGUAACUGUAAUAAUUGUAGUUAUGAAGAAUUAAUAAUUGGGCUGAUUUUGAAAAACUGUCCAACUGAGCAAUAGUCACAGUUUGGCUAUUUUGUUAAUUUUUUACCUUUUUUUUUUUUAAAUAGACUUGGGCUGAACUACAAUUCAGAUAAAUUUGGAUGGGGUGAUCAGUCAAAUUUCCAAGUCAAAAAAUACUCGAGUUAUGUAACUUAACUGUGCAACGGCAAACAUGUUCGACAUUUGGCAGAAUUUUGGUCCCCAAAAAUAUUCUAUCUUUGGUUGAUUUGGCAGAACCGAAAUUUCUAAUUUUAAUUUACUACAAGGAAUUAUACAUUUAGUGAAUAGGUCCCUGAUUUUGUCUUUCUUAAACUUCUACUGUGAAAAUUAAAAAAGGACUUACACUAAUGUGCAUAUUUUAAACAUAAUAAUACCCCACCAAUAUUUUAAACAAUGAAAAUGGUUAAUGUAAGCAAAAUGUUGCCAGUUGCCCAAUUGGCCAAUCACACCUGGACCAAGUCAUUUUAAUUGCAAUGGCCAUUUAUACAGUUGACUUUCUGUAUUUUUGGGGUGGCUUGGGACUUAUCAGAACCUCAUAAGAGGCUGAGUACUUUGCAAAUAACUUCAAACUGCACGGGACAGUACUCUAAAAACCCCUUUUCCCUAACCAUAAAAUGAAUCCCUCCCAAACCCUGAACAAACUCUUUCUUUAGUCCAAACUUAAUAACUCAAAGCCUAAACCUGAAACAAAACCUUUUACCUUAAUCCUAUGUUUAACUGCAAUUAAAAAUGAAACACCCCAUGUAGCCCAAUACUAAGUACUCUAAGUAUUCUAAGCUUCUAAUCCUCCUAACACUGAACACCCUAUGUAAACUAACUAUGAUAUUUAAGGGAUUCUAUAGAGUAAGGAAUACAAAGUUGUAUUCCUUACACUAUAAUGCCCUCUGUCCCCCCUACCUCGCAGCCCCCACCCCCAUCCUCCAACAUCUUCUGCAGGGGCUGAGGCACAGGCACAGAGACAGCAUUAGACCGUCCCCACAGGAAAGCAUUCCUUCAAUGCUUUUAUUGACGCACUGCAUAAGGACGUCCAGUGUCAGCUAGAUGACCAAAAGUCGCUUAACCCCUUAAAGACACAUGACAUGUGUGACAUGUCAUGAUUCCCUUUUAUUACAGAAGUUUGGUCCUUAAGGGGUUAAAGGGACACUCCAGGCACCCAGACCACUUCUGCCCAUUGGAGUGGUCUGGGUGCCAACUCCCACUACCCUUAACCCUGCAGCUGUAAUUAUUACAGUUUUCAUAAACUGCAAUAAUUACCUUGCAGGGUUAGCUCCUCCUCUAGGGCACUUCCUGCUUCAUAGCACGACCUCACGCUAUGUGAGGACCUCCAGCGUCGCUCAGUUCCCCAUAGGAAAGCAUUGAAAAGCAUUUUCAAUGCUUUCCUAUGGAGAACUCUAAUGCACAUGGGCGGCAUUGCCACGCAUGCGCAUUAGGUCUCCUCAGCCGGCGGAUGGGAUCAGUCUCCCCCGUUGGCUGACGUGAUGAAGAGGAGGCGUGGCGGCGACCCGAAACCACCGCCAAGGGACAUCGCCGGGGGUCUCAGGUAAGUCACUGAAGGAGUUUUCACCCCUUCAGCAACCGGGGAUGGGUGGUGGGAGGGAGAGGGGUCCUCCAGUGCCAGGAAAACGGAUUGUUUUCCUGGCACUGGAGAGUCCCUUUAACUAACAGGAAGUGCCUCUAGUGGCUGUCUGAUUGACAGCCACCAGAGACAGUCUUAGUUCUGCAAUGUAAUCUUUGCAGUUUCUUAAAAACUGCACUGUUUUACUAACUAAAAGGGAUUUGGGCAUUACGCAUCCAGCCUCCCUACCUCUCCUUGGGGUUCACUGUGGGACUGUAAUUCACUGCAGUUCCUCAUUUCUCACACAUGCUGUUUAUUAUGCCGGGGGUAGAAUUACAUCAUAUUCCAGCUCCCGGCAUCACAGAGGGCCUGCGAGGGAAGAGUGAGGAAUUGCAAAACAGCACUCCCUCUCCACCUGACUCCUCUUUCCCCCCAACAUAUAUUUGCAGAGUAGGCACCUGCCAUCCAGGUAAGCAGGUGCCUACUCUGCCUUACUAAAUAAGCGCCACUUCGGUGGCGUCCUAGGGUGGCCAGUCGGCAACUUCCUGGCUCCCCUAUGACAGGACUCCUCUCCCCUUAUGCACCCACCCAGGAUCGGCCCUGGCUGGGGGGCUUUCAGACAGUGACAGAGUCGCUUUAAUCCUGAAUGCAGUUACACAGCUACAUACACUCAUUAUACUCAGAGAUUCAAACAAAAUACAUCACAAACAGGAAUAUGCAGAAACAUAUAGGCAUAUCCAGUUGUCAAAUUUGAAUAUAUAGAUUUUUUUUUCACACCUGCAAUGUCUAGUUAAUAAAUUUGUUAAACUCACGUUAUCUGCCUUUUUCUUUUUUGGUGGGAGACAGAGGGUGAGGUGAGCAGGUGACAUGCUUACAGGCACCUGACAUUUAAAUUCGGCCCUGGGAGGGGUUUGAAGCUAUGAUGGGUUAGAUUGCAGGAUAUUGUAGAUGGUGUGAUAGUACGAAGCAGAGAUGGGUGUGCACAGGUAUUAGUAUAUGGGGUAGGUUCACUUAAAAUAUACUGCUGUCGAGACUCAAUGCUGGCACUAAGCACUGACAGAGUAUCAUUUAUUAGCUUCUUAUCGUGAUGCAUAUGUAAUAUGAUUUCUAGGAAUGAUUAAUGUUCUCAUACUGUGGCUGAAACUCCUUGGAUAAUGCAACUGUGUCUCUUGGCUGAAUUGCUGAGAUUUUAAUGAUGAUCUGAAUAAAGGGACUCGUGCCCUCAUUUACUGAUCCAAAUAAUGUGCCAGGUUACUGUUUCCAGGAAACCAAAGCCACUCAUCUUCAUUUAAUAUCUGUGUCUGAAAUUGAUAUUUCUCUUUUUUGUCGCCUGGAAUCUAAUUUCUUAACACUCUUUCUUGAUCGUUAAAAUAUAUUUGUUAAAGGUUUCACCCAGGGGUUUAUAAAGUAAACAGUAAAUUAGGAUGAAUUUUAGAUGACAUUAAAAGUUGCCAAAAUUCUACAAGGUUUUUUUUAUUUCCACAUAUGAUGCUCUGGAUCCAUUUAAAAAAAAAAAAAAAAGGUGUUAAUAAUUCCCUGUAAUUCAGUGUUAAGUGAAUAAUCCCCCUCAAUGUAUUACUAUCUUACAAAACUAUUGUAAUAAACCCGAAAUAUAUCUCCAACCACAAUACCAACAGACAGCUGUGUGCUGCUAAGGAGAACAAACCUGAAAUUCUAACAGGGUUAUUCUACAAAGUGAGAAUUCCAAGUGGAUUCAAAGAGAAUAUGAAAUUUAAAGUAAACGUAGCUGAAAUGGAAACAUUAUAUUAGUCACCUAUGCAGAGGCGGCUCUAGACUUUGCGAAACUUGAACAUGAGGCCACCAUGAUGUUCCAAUCUUCUAGCUUGUAGGAGAAUUUAACUCAAUACACAUCAACAUAUAGGUUCCUUGCUUUCCUAGGAGAUCCAUAGAUUGCACUAUUUGCUUGUCUCAGUGUGAGGCAUGAUGUGGGCAGUUAGAUGGCAAUGAACUUACAGAGUUUCAAAAUGCCUAAUCAAACAUUUAUAUUAUUCAUUAACAAGAGAAAGGAAAUAUACCAUGUUUUACCUGAAUGAAAUACAAUGGAAAUAAAUGUUGUACAUACAUACAAAAGAAAAGAAACAAUGAAUGAAGCAUGACAAAAGCAAUAGAAGAUUAUAAUAACAUGACACACUCUUAUUGCAUCUCCGUUUACAGCUGAUUUAUUUAAAGACAUGUCUACCUCCGUCUCCCACAAACUGUAGCCAUAAAGUUUUUAAAUACACACACAAAAUACAAGCAACAAUAAAUGCUACCCCCUUAAUGUCACAAUAAUCAUCCACGCAGUACAGGUCCAUCAUGUCAACCCUUUUUUGGGGUUUGCACCUCUAAGUUCCAUCCCUCCAGUUUUUCUUUCCCCAAUUCUCAAUCUUUAAGACACAGACACACACACUCCAAAACACCAUUCUUCCAACGUUCAAACUGGUCUUUAGGAGGGAAGUUUUUGUUGAUGUCAUAUAUUAUAGGCUUUUUCACUGAGUGCGUUAUAAGUGCUGACGGGUAGGUAUAUCAGAUGGCAGUAGCAAUUUCUGUUUUUCCUUGAGUAAGCCUGCCUGCCUGCCAAGUUUAGUUUACAUUUAAGUUGAUCUGGCGUGUCCUGGCUGAUUCAAGCAUUAACCAAAGUCCAUACAGUCUCACAAUGACUAUAAUGAAGAGAAACAACGUUAACAUGAGGAAGUCAUCAUGCACAGUUAGACCGUACCCAAAACACUGUUACUUACUAAUAUGAAAUUGUAGGUAAUUCAAAACAAAUUUUAAAUUUAAGGACAAUGUAGCCAAAUUGCAAAAAUUCUCUUCAUCAAGUAUUCUUCCAGACUUUGGCCUUUAACGGAUACUGUAGGCACUAUAACAACGUCAUCUUUUUGAAGUUGUUAUAGUGCCUGCAAUCUUUCCACCAAUCCUAUCUCACAAAACCCAAUAUUAAACUAAUUAGAAGGCUUGUAAAUGCAGCUUAAAGCCAUGCAUCAAAGCCCUCUGGGAAUAUUACCUCCCAACUGUCAUACUUUAACAUACCUCUAUAAGAAGCACUAGAUUGGCCCAUCAUUCUGGUGGUGUGCUCAACCCAACUGUUGGCCCAAGGUAGCAUAGCUCAAGAGUGCCCACUUAGUCCAAAAAGCUCCUGCAUCAGAUGUGGCUAGCCUGAAAUAGAUGGAAUUCAAAGUUUUAGCAGGUCUUGGCUAGCCUCCAAUCCAGCGCAGCGUUUCAUGACACUCAGAGGUAGGUCCUGGUCACCAAAAACCACAGCACUUUUUGUGGGUAAAUGGGGUUUCCUUAAGUCCAGGGUGUCUCACCACCUCCUUUAUCUGCCCUCCAAAAGGCAUCCUGUUAGCUGGUGCUGGGACCGAGAGCGCUCACAUUAAAGUUUCAACAGAUCAUGGUUAGCACACAAUCUGAACUAGAGUUUCACGAUAUUCGGCCAUUGGUCCCAGUCAGAUGCGUCAUACUUCUGAAGCCUUCCUGGGGUCUCCUGAUGGUCUAGGAUGCCACAGUGAAGGGCGCAAGGGAGGGAGGUGCACUUUGGGUAGUUAAAGUGAAUUAUAGGUCCUUUGAGGGAGGUGGUGGUUAGGGAGCCCUGUAAUAGUUUGUGCUGACCGGGAGAUCUUUCACAGUGGUGGUUAGAGAGCCCUGUACUAGUUUGAGGUGACCGAGUGGUCUGUCACAGAUAUUUUACAGUCUCUUAUAAUAAAUGUCCACUAGAAUAAUUUAGAACUAUAAAACUUUUUUUGGUUAUGUAGUGGAGAUAUCUGGCUAUAAUACAAUGAAGCAUGUUAACUGGAUUUCCUUUACACUAAAAUGGUAUAUAAUGCAGACGCAAACAGAGUCAGACAAAACAUAUAUCAUGAGACGUUGAUGCCUUAGCUCAUAAAAAUAAUCUUCAUAUGAUAAAUUUCAAAUUGACUUGUCUCACUUUAUAUAUCAGUAUGUCACAGCUUCCGGUGUUGGCGCUUUCUAAACAACCACUUAAUAAAUAAUUAUCUGUGUAACAUCUUUUAUACCAGAUGGCAUUUGUGAUAGGCGUGAACAUUAUGACCCCCAUUUACAGUGACGUGUUGUUUAUAUAGAAUCUCCUGCAUUGUCUGCUGAUAUGCAUGGCUGAAUUUUGAUGUAGGAGCUAGAGGAACUAUAGAUGCUAGAGGUUGUUUAUUUUUCUUCGUAAUCCAGCUGGCAAAUCCUAUGGCAACAUUCAAAUAAAGGUGAAAUAGAAAUACACAAGGGAACCUAUGGUGCAGCUAGGAUCUAGAGGACAAUUCCCAACUUGCAACCUUGAGAUAACUCCUUGGUUCCAUGAAUUCCAAUGGAUCUCCAAAGAUGUCUAAGGAUUCAUCUUAUUACACUUGUUAGGAAAGAGUAAGGAGAUAAAGCCCUGAUCCAGCCCAAAAAUGGUUCUUUUUAAGAGGAUUCUUCAUAAAUGCACACUUUGUAACAAAUUUAACUCUUCUAAUGACUAGUUUAGACUAAACUGGUGCAGUUGUUAUAGACUACAGACGAGGUAAUGCUCGUGGAAGCCCUUCUAGUAGUAGCUUAGGAUCUAUAAUACUUUUGUUACAUAUAUAUACUUGCAUAUAUAUUAUAUAUAUAUAUUAUAUAAUAUAAAACAAGAGAGUAUCAGCGCUAUUUGAGUGUAGUAUCUUAAAAUUUGUGUAUAAUCCAAAGAGCUGCUAACCACCGUGAAAAUCUUUUAAACAAAAGUGAUAGAAAGUAGUAGGCAGUACCGGUGUAGCGCUUAUGUGCAGAAUUGAAUAUGAAAAAAGUUUACCCAAUUUUUCCUUCUAUGUUAAUCAAUUAUUUCUUGUUAACCUUAAGGUAAAACAGAGAAAAAUACAUAACAUAGUGCAGAUUGUAUGUGCAUUGGUGAAAAAUAAAUUUAAAGUAAGGGCCAAAUGGCAACUCACAAUUUUCUGAGCUAUAAAUAUAGCUCAGAAUUUAGGCGCUUUAGGAUAUAUUAUAUAAUAUAAUAAUUUUUGCCUUAUUUUCAUAGCAUGCGUUAUGAUAGCAUUAAAUAAAAAAUUAAAAUGAAGUGUAAGAAGCUGUUCUUUACCUUCACUGUCUGUCCCACCUGCUCCUCUCCUGGCAAGUAAACAAAAUAACCUACUCGGCAUUGCCCAGUGUCUCUGCACUUAAAGGAACGCUCUGGGAAGUGCCCUCCAGGCAUGUUUGACAUCAUACCUUGGGUCCGCCGGGCACCACUCUUGCCUUCAUUAUAGCCUACAAGUUAGCUUACAAAAUCCAUUUUUGGUGAUCUGCCUUUUCAAAACAAUGUCAAUUUGUUGCAUAUAGAUACCAACAAGCUAUUUGAGCAACGGUACAGAAUUUACACUGACAAACCUACAAAAGUUUGUGUUUUGACACUUUUAUCAGUCACAAUAUACUUCACCAGAGAGUUCUUUGUAUUUGUAUCUCUUUCUUUGACGAUCAUCUUCUAUACGACCAAAGGUUAAAGUGCCACCAGACGGCACAGGAGCGUGUGUGAUUUGAGCCUGUCCUACCAUAGGCUCUUAUCAAUGUGAGUUGAACCCAUUUACUUAAGAUUGUUUGGAAAUGAACUUAAUAGAAUUAUACUAUGUUAUUUUUCCUCUUUUUUCUUUUACAUAUGAGCAAUAUUCUACAUAAGUAAAUAAUAUUUGUUAUAUAUAUCACUCGAGCGCUCCACUAUAAUAUAUGCCCGAGGAGAGGUGUUUAUCCAAUCUAAGACAUAUAUUAUCUUUCACCAAAUAACAUUAUCCUGGUUAACUAUUAAAAGUCUGGGCCAGAUUGAGCCAGCAAUAACUGUGUACUAUCAGGAUUUAGGCAAUAGCAAAGUCAAAGGACAACGUCAGGUCAAGGAUACCAGAAAAUAUCAUCAUCAUAGCACAAAAAUAGUUAAACGUACAAGGAAAUGUGUUUAGGGGUCAGAAAUCAUGAAAGGGACACUGUUUCCAAGGAUAAAUGGGUUUACGCAGUAUAAGGUCCUGAUGUCGUCAUCCUGCAUCAUUUGGACACAUGCAACUCUCUGACAUUUUGAUGCUGCAACCACACUAAAUAAAAUACGCUAAUGUCACAAACUGCGUCAUUCUAGAAAUCACCAGGUUUGAAAUAACUAAGGUGCGCCCAAAAUAAUGCAAAUGCAGCUAAAUUAAUGGUGGAGCAUCAGACCCAGUAUGUAACCUUACACUAGUACUUUCUAUUCUCGACAUUUCUGCGACAAGCUGACAAAUACUUUUCCCUGAGUAAACAAGAUUUUAUUUUUCUGUCCCUGAACUGCAAUUGAUAUUCAAAAUAAUUCUAUUGUUUUCGUAGCUAUCCAGGCAUCCUGUAAUCCUGUAUUAUAGAUAAGUGAUAUACAUUACUUGCCAUGACAACGCAUUCCACUGUUCUCCUCUGCUAUUUUUUUUUUUUUAAUGCUUGUUAAAGGUGGUAAAUAUUACAUAUCUGCUUUGUUGCAAUCUGUGCUGACAUCCAUGCAUUAAUACAAUUCAGAUCUCAGAAUUGACGUUAUAUUUGGAAUUUCUAUUUUUAUCCUGCAGAAUAUAACCUAAAAUAAUAAAGGUAAAAUACAAAUUGUGCGUGGAUUUGGCUGGUACAAUGCAUUGAGGUGAAUAACUAUUAUCUGCGUGCUUUGACACAGUUGUAGGCUUGUAUAUUUUUUUCUUAAAGCAGGUAAUUUAAACCAAGUGAAAUUACUUAUUAUUCUGGUAUAACAAACCAGUUUUUAAAUAAACUGUGAACGCAACAUAACCACUAGUGUCCACUGUAGUGGAUAUUGUGCAAGGAUUGACCCAGAACCCUCUCAGAGUAAUUUACCAAAACUUUUUGCCACCCUGCAUUCAGAGUCUCCUAGCAGGAAAAUCUGGUUAGCUCCACUCAACUAAACAGGGACAUGCAGGCCCAUUCUAAUUGGUUGAGAAGCUGAGGGAUCUCACCCAGAAUCGACGGCAAGAGAACACUGGAUGCAGAGCAGGUGCCCAAGGGACCCGGAUUAGUUCUAAGAUGGCUUGUCAAGUUACUAUGGGUGGGUGCCAAGACACACCUGGCACCAAAACUACUACACAGGGUACUAGUGGUUAUGGUACUUGGAUUUUGUAUAUACUAAUGAAAUGUAUCUCUCAUUUAAUGAGCAAUGAGGUACUUAUGGGGUACAUUAUAAUUAUGGCACAAAAUAUCAUUGGUCCUACAUGGGGUUACAUAGAGUUAACUCUGUUAUUCCCUUCAUUAAUAAUUAGCAUUUUGUAUAGAUUUAGGGAUUAACAUCACCACUACUGUAUUAAAAAAUGCAUGUUGUGGGUGCAUGCACCAAUAAAUGUUUUAUGUAUGGAAUUCAAGUAUACAGGUACAUUCUGAAAUGUGAAUAUUUUUAAUAGUCUGCUUACAUGAGCAUUGGCCACACUCAUAAAUAUUGGUCACUCUUUCUUAAAAAUGUUUUCUAAUUCCAUGUCAAGCUGUAAAUUCUAUGCUUGUGCUAUGCACCCAUCAUAUUAUAUUUAAUUACUUUGUCUAAUUUCCUCCUGGUCCUACAAUCUCUCACUGUCUUUUCUUCCCCAUCCUCUCCCCCUUUCCCCUUGCCUUUCCUCUGGCAUUCUUUAUAAACUCCCUGUAUACAGCUCUUUAUAUUUAUGACUCUCUGGAGCAGUUAAACACACUGCGAGACUAUAAAAUAGAUUGUAAUAGAUAAAACUCAACAUAAAGACCGUGCUCUGUGGAAGACUGAUUAUUACGGUACAGAAAAGCAUGCACAGAAUAUAACUCAUAAAACACACAAUAUACACAUCAUAUACACACGUUCCGGUGCUAUAGAAUUUUAUGUUUUAAAAGAUGAUACAAACUUUUAAAUCUGCCUAGCGGCAAAGGACAUGUUGAAGAAACAUUAGCUUUUCAUAGGGAAUCCUAUUAUGGAAUAUGAAUGGGCAUUUUUAUUGUCACUGUUAAGUGAAGAUGAUGUACAGAAGAGCAAUAUUCUCUCUAGAACAACUCCCAUAAUUGGAAAAAUGUUAUCAGUCAUCAUUGUUUUAGAUCAACACGGUAGGCCGACGUUAGACUAAAUUGCGUAAUAAGUGGAUUGGUAUUCAGUUUUCUAGUGAUUGUGAAAAAGGUUCUAAUACAUCGCUGGCCAAGUAAACAGACAGAUGGACGGAGACAGACAGAUGGACGAAAACAGAAGGAUGGACGAAGACAGACAGUUAUCUAGAACACAGUUAUGUUACAACCGCUGUCAUAACUGGUGCAAAUCGUGUAUCCUGGAUUCAAAAGAAAAUGAUCGGAUUGCUUUAGAAAUUGUGGAGAGAUGAUAAUGGAACUCUAAUAAGAGGUUAUAAAUGAAAUCGAUGCAUUUAAAUAAUGUGCUCUCUAAUUGGAUUCUUUGUGUAUGCCAGUUUAAAAUGCUGGCUGAACAGAGCUGGAUCAUUUGGGAGGAUUCAGAAUUAUUACAGAUUGAUCAUGAUUUAUUUAUAUAAAGUGUGAAUUAACAGGAAUACUAUGUCAGCUUUUGUAAAUGUUUAACAAAAUACAGUAUGGAAUAUCUUUUAUCUUGGGUACACUCAUGACAUUACACACACACACACAUGCACACACAUGCACACGCACACACGCACGUACGUACGCGCACACACGCACGUACGUACGCGCACACACGCACACACACACCCUUUGUUGAAUUUUUCUAAUUCAUCUUCUGGGGCCUAAAAUUUGAAAUUCACUUUAAAUUCUGACAAUUCACACUUUAAUCAAUAAGAAUAAUCCCGUGGGUGCAUCUUUUAAAUACAGAGGUGCCGCUGACUUCACUCUCAUAUUGGAGGGGCAUGGCAUGGGGCACUAUUAGAUGAUCUGUCACGAGGGUAAAGAUUUGUGCCAUGUAAACAUAUACCACAUUAGGCUAUUAUCGAGUAUACUGCUUAUUUUUAUAGGCCUGCACUGCACAUAACUAGAAACAUUUACUAAAUCUAAACUUUACUUUAAAAUAAUAAUACAAAAAUUGAGGUACAGAAUAUAAUAACUUGAUUUAAGGAUAACUUGAUGUAUACAGAAAUAGUCAUGAUUUUUUUUGUUCUUCAAAUAUAAUACAUGUCACCUGAUCUGGGAGGAGAUGUUGGCGCUGCAUUACGGUGCACCCUGGCACACCCCUUGCGUCCAUGUAUGCUUAUUUUGCACGGCGAGCUCUAUGCUCUGUAUUCAUUAAAUGAGUUGGACAAAUAAUUUAAGCAAAAGGUGAAAAUGUAUACCGGUAGCACGUUUCCUUAUACAGUGGAGCGUUCUCAGUCCAGCUAUGUGUAAAUAGGCAUAUUUGCAAAAAAAGGAAAAUAGGUCCACUCUGCAUCUCACCUGGUGUGCAAAGGGGUAGCAAUAGAAACUCCCCACCAGGCCCUUAAACUCCAGAAAAUAAAUCUUAAAGUAGUACAGUUAGUGAUUUUUAUUCCACCAUCUGCAGUGGAUCUUCCUACGUUUCAGCCAGUUAUGGGCUUUGUGAGGCUUUCUUGUUAUUUGCAGACAGACUUACCCGACAGAAUUCAUAUUGUUUUUUGGGAACAAUUGUCUCCAAUCAUUUCCAUUUCCCUUCUGUAAUGUUCUAAGAGCUGUCACUCUGACUCCGCUGAUUGCACCUAUCUGUAGAAUGAACAUCUCACCCUUUUGUCUGUGUGUCUUGUGUGAAAAGUCACUGAUGGCAUGUCUGUAUCUCAAUGUAUUUCUUCUUGUUGCAUUCUCUUAGUCUGUCACUCUUUUUCUAGUUCUUUUCUGAUUAUUCAGGUGUGAAGCAGGCAGGAUUACAUUGUCUAUUCAGAGACCCCCGAGCUGAGAAAAUAGCAGGCACUUUGCAAAUAUGAUUAUUUUCUGCCUGAAAGGAUAUGUAUCCGGCACAAAAACAUAAAACCAUACACAUAUUAAUCUGUCUCGCUUUCCGCAUGUGUGUAUGUAUGUGAUCUGCUCAUUAUUCUAUGUUUGUCCCAGUGCUGACCUUACAGUAAAGUCUUCCCCCUUUACCACUACACUAAACAUAAACCCCUACACUACACUACACUAUCCAUGACUAUUAACUCAUACACUACACUAAAAACAAACACCUACACUAUACUAAACAUAAACCCCUACACUACACUACACUAUCCGUAACUAUUAACUCAUACACUACACUAAAAACAAACACAUACACUAUACUAAACAUAAACCCCUACACUACACUACACUAUCCGUAACUAUUAACUCAUACACUACACUAAAAACAAACACAUACACUAUACUAAACAUAAACCCCUACACUACACUACACUAUCCAUAACUAUUAACUCAUACACUACACUAAAAACAAACACAUACACUAUACUAAACAUAAACCCCUACACUACACUACACUAUCCAUAACUAUUAACUCAUACACUACACUAAAAACAAACACAUACACUAUACUAAACAUAAACCCCUACACUACACUAAACUACACUAUCCAGAACUAUUAACUCAUAUACUACACUAAAAACAAACACCUACACUACACUAAACAUAAACCCCUACACUACACUAUCCAUAACUAUUAACUCAUACACUACCCUAAAAAUAAACACCUACACUUCACUACACUAAACAUAAACCCUUACACCACGCAAUCAGUAAACAUUAACCCACACACUAUACUAACAUUAAACAUUAACCCCUACACUACGCUAUCACUAAAACAGUAAGCCCUAUAAUCAACUACACUAAACAUUAACCACUACAAUACACUACUCUACACUACCAACAAAAUUUUACUCCUACACUACCUUAACACUCACCAUUAACCCAAACAGUACUCUAACACUAACCAUUAGCCUCUACAUUACCUUAAUGCUCACAUUAACUCUAACUCUAAAAUUAAAUGUAAAAUAACAUAUACAUAACAGUGAAGUAUAUUUUGGGGGGUAAAGUAAUGCCAUUUCACGGUUUGGGAGACAUUAAUAAACAACUUGAUCUUUGGUCUUAUUGACCUUGGUAUACUAUGAUGUCUCUCUCUUUAUAUGUAUAUAUUUGUGCUCACACAGAUGUAAUUUAAAAUAUGGUGAAGAACUUGUUGCUGAAAACGCGUUUGGUAUAUAAACCAUCUGAAUAUUCUACAACAUUUACACAUAAAGGUGGUUCCAGGCCUAAAGGAAGAAGUGUGUGAUCCGCAAUGAAAGGCAUUGGAAACAUACAUUGUAAAGGCAGAAAACAACCAGCUCGGAGAUAUUAUUCUCGACAUGUUUGAGGGUUGCAUUCUCAUUGUUUAAAGCAUCUAUGAGGUUUUGCAGUAGAGCCAAGGGAAUAAGAAACAGUUACAGGCAAUUCCUAGAUAGAUAAACAGAGAGACAUACAGAUCUAUCUAUCUAUCUCUCUAUCUCUAUCUCUCUGUCGAUCUAUCUAUUUCUAUCUAUCUAUCUCUGUAUUUCUCACUCUUUCUUUCUAUUUUUCUACCUAUCUAUCUAUCAUCAACCUAUCUGUGUGCUAUCUAUUAAUUUAAGCCUCCUUACCCUUUAAUUAAUGUGUCCAGUACUGUGGAAUCUGCUGUUAGUACAUAAAUAAAUGACAAUAAUAAUUAUAUGUAAAUGUGAAGUGUCUGUGAGUAUUUGGACACACAUUUCCUUAUCCCAGCACACACACCUCCUUCUCCCAGGAGUCUGCUGAACUGUCGAGAAAUUAAAAUCUGGUAACAAAAUCAAUUAUUUAUAUCAAUUCCUGGAAGGAAUGAUGUAUAAGGGGUUAGGAGGAGGGAAGUUUAACCUCUACCAUGCCAAGCUAGGUUUGCUGGAAUUAAUCACUGGGUGUUACAGAUGUCUGCCAGGGAUGUCUGUCUUGUCUAUCAGUCCAUGUGUCUGGUUUUCACUAUGCCCUGAAAUUUUCAUAUGGAGUUCUAUCUUGACAUAAAUUCUACUGCACCUUAUGGUGAUCAGCAGAGAUAUUAGACUUACAAUAAAUAUUGUUUUAAAAAUCUCUCUUUUAUGUCUGAAUCCUUCUCUCUGUGCUUUGGAGCUAUUUGCACUCAAUUAGAAGGAACAAGAAACUGAAGACAGUAAGGCAGGGAAUGCACGAGGGCAGGGAAGGGAGGGGUGCAGCCAGGCACAUGGAUGUAAAGGGAGGGGUGCAGAGCAGGGACACAUUAAUGUUUCAUUCCAUUUGAUGGUGGUGGGGAGGGGGGGCCAUGCAGCUCUAACCCACUCAGGAUCUGCUUGGGGUGGGCUGUGGGAGUGGACUUCCAAUCUGAGAACACUGCACAGUUUAUUGAUGGGAAACUGAGGACCCUUACAAAAUUCUAGUUAUCCCUUCCAAUCCUAAUAACCUGAGGCUGACAGGGGUAUGUUAAACCCACACCCCUUCACCUGAAGGGGCUGCUCUGCCUGGUUAGAACCCCCACCCCCCAAAAAAAGAUUUUGGCAGGUUUUAAAGUUUGGAUAACCUGUUUGACUGCACCCUCUUCUACAGAUCGUAAAGGUGGAUACAGGAGGUAAGGCUUUGUUCUGAUAUUGACGAUUGGAAGACAGGGGUAAGAGAGAAAUUAUAAGUAGUUUAAAAGGGGCAAGAUGGGGAGAUGUGGGGGGCAAUAAAGGGCAGGGGUGGGAGCAAGAUGGGGAGUAGUGGGGAAAUAGAGGGCAGUGGUGGGAGCAAGAUGGGGAGUAGUGGGGCAAUAGAGGGCAGGGGGAGCAAGAUAGGAGAGGUGGGGGCAAUAAAGGGCAGGGUGGGAGCAAGAUGGGAGAAGUUGGGGCAAUAAAGAGCAGGGGUGCAAUAAAUGGCUGUGGUGGGGGCAAGAUGGGGAGGUGUGGGGCAAGAUGAAGAGGUGAAAGUUAACCCUUUGUAACUUUAAACAAUAUUCUUGAAGACAAUGUUAAUGUAUUCUAGAGCCUCUCAAAUGAUAAAUACCUUAAUGAAUAUAUGUGUGGAUAACAGAAUUAUACAUAUUUAGACAAUAUAUGCAUUUAUCCAUUUCUUUUCCAUUUUUGAGAAUCUACUUAACAUUUGGAUUUUGAAUUAUUUCUGUGUGAUAAUAUAUGUAUAUAUAUAUAUAUAUAUAUAUAUAUAUAUAUAUAUACUGUAUGGUGUUUGACAAGCUGGGAUAUUUAUCUAUAAUCUACAGCAACCUGGAUUCAUAGCUUCAUCUAUGGAUACAUUUUAACUCUUUCGGUAACUCAGUACAAAGCUAUGUGUUGCUCACCUUUUGACAAUUAAAAAAUAAAAGGUUUAAACCUGUGGAUUCACCUGCCUACAUAUUAAUGUAAAUAGCCAUAAACGUGAUGCAAUGCAUGGGUACACAGCUAAGUGUAACCAAGUCCUUCUGAAUGGAUGUUCAACGAAAGUGUAUACUUUGAGUAUUUCUGAGUGUUUGAAAUUGCAGUCAGCAUGGUUUAUAUGGUUUAUAGGGAUAAGAAAGGAUGUGAUUACACACAGGCUGCAUCAGAUAGGGAUCUGAACAGUAAUAUUUCGAAGGAUUAAAGUGCUAGGAUCAGGUUAGCAGCUGCAGGAGCUGAUUUUUAUCAGCAGAAUAUCCUCAGAGGAGAUUUUACUUCCAACAAAAGCAACAUGUUGAGGUUGUGACAAUGUGCUCCUUCAAGUGGCUAGGAAUUAAUCAGGGAGAAUUUAUUGCAGUACUGUGGACAGCUCCUGAUGAAUUCAAUGAGCCUCUACCAGUUUAUUCCUCCCAUAGGAGAGAGUCAUGGUGUGUUUUAUGGCUGGCUGAAUUCACUUAACCAUGAGGGUAGAAUAGAGCUAUCAUCCACAGCCAGUUACUGUAAUGGUACUUUUAUUAUUAUUUAUAUUAAUCCAUGGUCAUGGGGCAGAACACACACAGACACACGUGUAAAUAUUGCUGUAACACAAAUACUCUCUGAUACUGCCCAGUCACACAGAACUCCAAGAUUAUGUCAUAGAAUGUUCAUACAUUUUUUUAUCUUCCCUUUAUUAUAAUUUAAAAAUAUAUCCAUCUAUAUUACUGCACUCACACACGUGUCUAUGAUUUUUGCUACAUUUCCCCAUUCAUAUACAUGUAUGUCUGUAUACACACACACAAACACACACACACAAUGUAUGUAUGUGUGUAGGCAUGCACAAACAGUACGUUUUAUGUGUGUUUCACUAUAACAAUAGCAUGUUUUAAUUAGUAGGACUAUUUCGCAUUUAUAAAAUGCCAACCUGUCCUGUAGCGCUGUACAAUUUAGGGAAUAAAGACAAAAUACACACGCAUCUUGUGUGUGUGUGUGGGGGGGGGGGGAGAGUGAAGGGGGGAGGCCCUUCACCCCCCCCCCACACACACACAUAUCUAUCUAAUCUAUCUAUUUAUCUAUCUAUAUCUAUCUAUCUAUCUUUCUAUCUAUCUAUCUAUCUAUCUAUCUAUCUUUCUAUCUAUCUAUCUAUCUUUCUAUCUGUCUAUCUAUCUAUCUAUCUAUCUAACUUUCUAUAGGUCUGUCUGUCUAUCUGUCUGUCUGUCUAUGUAUCGGUCUGUCUGUCUGUCUACAGAGUGUAUUUUGAUGGUCUGUUUUUUAUGUUCACAGAAAGCACUUUUUCAUAAAAACUAGAAUUCCUUUUCAUAGAUAUUUCUAAAGAAAUGCUAUCUGCAUUUCCAUCUAUCAGGAAUCUAUCCAUCUACAAAUCUGACCUUUUAUACAAAUAUCUACACAAUUAUCCCCCUCCCAUCACCACCCUCUCUCCACUUCUCCCUGUGUAGGUUUAAUGCAUGUAUAAUUCUCUUGCAUGUCUGCAUUAGUCCCUCUCUGCCCUCUCAGCAUGAGGUCCUCUGGGCUAUUCAGAGCAGGACGGCCUGCCUGUGUCCUCCAACCUACUUCCUUUGUCCAUGCAGAAUUUAAGGUUAAUUUGGCAAAUGAGCAUGGCAGGGCACGAGGAGAGUGAGUGAUGGGCAGAUCUGGGGAAGGAGGGAGUAGUGAAAGAAAAACAAGGAUUAAGAAAAACAGCACAUUUCCUUCCAAGCCUCAGGCAGCAUGUCACGUUUUAAAAGGUUUUUACAGUGGAGAUGUGGGCAACAGUGUGAUCUCUCAAGGGAUAAAAAGAAAAGCUAUUAUUGAGGUGACAUUUUCUAGAACAGAAAACUGCUUGAAGAUUACAGGAAAAGAGGAAUGUGAAAAUUAUAAGGGAGGAGGGAGAUAUGGGGAAUGGAGGGUGGGGAGUUGGGGGGGGGGACCAGUGAUGGUGUAGGGAAGAUUGGGAAUCAAGGACAAUAUGAGCAAAGUGAGGGGGAACUGAUUCACCCCAAAACUGUCGAAGAAAAUUAAUAGAUAUGUGCCUAUAGGUAAUGGGGAGCAGUAACAUUUUUAAUAUGGGCAUAAAAAGGAGAGCUCCAUAGGAGGACAUGGAGUUCUAGAGAAUUAAGGGGCAGGUAUAAUGGAAUGGAAUUAAGUAUUGCACCAGUGAGGGGUAUGUUUUGGGACUGGUGGGGAUUGUUAGGGGGUCAAGGGGUUAAGGAGAUUUUCAGAGAAAUUGAAAUCACUGAAAUGUAAUUGUUUCUAAAGAAAUUGUUUCAAGGUCAUAGAGGACACUGGGAAAAAAUGGAUGGCUCAAUGUAAUUAAAUUUUGCAACAAUAUAUACAAUUAUAUUCCAUAUAUGUACUUGUUAAUAAUCUAAUUAAAUCUUUAAAUAUAUAUAUAUAUAUAUGUGUGAGUGUAUAUAUAUGUAUGUGUGUGUAUAUAUUAUAUAUACACACACAUACAUAUGGUGUAACACGGCUAUUUAUUAGCAUAUAACAUUUUAAGGUAUUCGUUAAGAAACCAUACAUACAAAGGUCUGAUAUAUUUAUUAUUAUUUUAAAAAGUAUUUAUUAAUAUGUUAUAAAUUCACAUGAAAAUUAUUAUAUCUAUCCAACAGACAGGAGCAUUUAAAAUCUGAUAAUCUGCUUGAAAAGAUCUUCCAGUAUAUACACACACAUAUAUAUCUAGGUUAGACUUGUACGAUAUAGGUUUUCAUUCUUAUAUAUUUUAGGAAUACAUUAUACAUUUUAUUCACAUAUAUAUUAUUAAUAUAUAUAUUCUAUAUAUCAUAUUAAUGUUCUACUAGUUAAUAUACAAUAUAUUCAAUAUAUUAUCUUUAUCAAUAAAGUGAAAUUGAUAUUUCACAGCACACAAUUUCAAGACAAUCUUUAUAUAUUGUUCGCUAAAUAUUAAUUCAUUGGAAGUCCCCACGCCGUGUAUUGUAACAUUCCGUGAACUGUAGUUGUUUGGUAGAAAGAAUUUAGCUGUGUGAAUGCGUUUUUUUUUUUUUUUUUUCAGAAUUAUCUUAAAGUAGAAUGAAUAUAUUGAUUAAACACAAAUAAAAAGCGGUUAAUAUUACAUGGGCUAUACAUACUGAACGAAUACACAGUAUUUAUACUGUUUUCUCAUUUCAAAUAUUAAAUCACAUGGAUUAAUGCAGUAUUCAGAUCGAUGUAUAACUGGAACUAUAUAUAUAUGGUAUCAUUUAUAUUUAAAUAUGUGAGAAAGAUAUUUUAUAAAUACAUUGAAUUGUAGUAAAAGUAACUCUUAUUUUCUUAUAAUUCUAUACUGUAUAAAGCCUUUCUAUACCGACUAUAUCGUCAUAAUUAGCUAUAGGAUCUAAUAUUAGCUAUAAUUAGUUCUGAGUUUAUAUUGCCAUUAUUAUACUUGUAUUGUGCUUUUGUGUAAUUUACACAUCACAUUGUGUGUCUCUGUGUUUUACACAUUUGGUAGAUGUGCUGCAUGGUGUGUCUGUGUGUUUUGCACACUGAAUUGAAUUGUGUGUCUGUGUGUUUUGCACACUGUACUGCAUUGUGUGUCUGUGUGUUUUGCACACUGAAUUGAAUUAUGUGUCUGUGUUUUUUAACACACUGGGUAGAAAUGCUGUAUUGUGUGGUGUGUGCUUAUACAAUGGGUAGAAGUGCUUCAUUGUAUUUCUGUGUGUUUUACACACUGUGUUUACCACACUGCAUUGUGUAUCUGUGUAUAUUACACGCUGAGUGCAAGAGUUGCUUUGUGUGUCUGUAUGUUUUACACUCUGGGCAUUGUGUGUCUGUGUGUUUUACACUCUGGGCAUUGUGUGUCUGUGUGUUUUACACUCUUGGUGGAGGUGCUGCAUUGUGUGUCCGUGUGUUUUACACUCUGGGCAGAAGUGCUGCAUUGUGUGUCUGUGUGUUCUACACUUUGCGUAGAUGUGCUGCAUUGUGUCUGUGUGUUUUGCAUACUGCAUUGUGUGUCUGUGUGUUUUGCAUACUGCAUUGUGUGUCUGUGUGUUUUGCACGCUGCAUUGUGUGUCUGUGUGUUUUACACUGUGGGUAGAAGUGCUGCAUUGUGUGUCUGUGUGUUUUGCACGCUGCAUUGUGUGUCUGUGUGUUUUACACUGUGGGUAGAAGCGCUGCAUUGUGUGUUUGUGUGUUUUGCACGCUGCAUUGUGUGUCUGUGUGUUUUGCACGCUGCAUUGUGUGUCUAUAUUAAAGGUGAGAUGUCUCCCCAUUAGGCAGGGCAGGGGGGUCCAGUCAUUACAUGGCUGUCAUGGUACAGAUAGCAGCCUGUACUAAGAUAAUAUAGAUAUUUCUCCCAGUGACAGGAGCCCCCCUCUCUCCAUGUAACAUUGCUGGAUUAGCAGUGAGUGCAGUUAAUGGGGGCUGGAGGGGAGGGGGGUACUUUGUGGUGAUAAAUGCAUUGACAUCCCACAGGCACCUGUUGUCCUGGGCUGUCCUGUGUCUGGCCGGGGGAUGUCUGUACAUUGAGGCAGGGAGGGAUAGUCUGGCACUGAGUACAUGGGGUCUGGGCUCAUUUCUUUGACGCAGCGCAAUGUACAAAGCCUGCGCAAUUUUAUGUAUAGCAUAUACAAAAGGUGCGCAAUGUUACCCGCAGGCUGAUGUACAAAACGUUUGCAAUGUUACCCGCACCUCACCAGGGGGAUUUAACCCCUUGUAUGCCCGGUGUGUUCCCAAGGGGGUGCUUUACAGUACGUUGGCCACAACGCUGGCACUCACAGAGUUAAUCAUUCCAAUAUACCUACCUAGUACCUACAUGCAGUGUGACCCCUCAUUCUACCCCCAUGUGCAAGAGAAGAAUCACAGAAACAGGCCAACUGACACCCCUGCUGUAGAGUCCGUGUGCUGAUUAUGGGGAAUGCAGUACAGUAUAUGAUAACUGGAGAGCCAAUGACUGGUCAUCAUUAUAUUGUAUCUAUUGGGAUAGUGGUAACAAUAUGUCCUGUGGGUGGUGGGGUGUUGCAGACUGCAGAGAGACUCCCAACAUACGAUAUAACCUCUCUGAUUUAUCACAUUGUUCUGUCUGCCACUUGGCACAUUGCCUAGAUUGUGUACAAAUCGUUUUAUACAGAUUGUAGAAGGGAAAAUGCUAAUAUGGCUCUCUGCCCAGAAUAAUAUACUACUAUUAUAAUAUGAUGGACCUUCAGCAGUAUUAGCUAUAUAUUGAUUUGUUGCAUUAUAUUUAUUUCUUUCCAGGAAUUUACAAGAAAAUAUUUUAGUGUCAAAUUUAUAUAAUUAAACAAAACAGCCAUUCCAUGUAUUGAAUCCGAAUUGUUUAUUUUCAUUACCAAUUACAUUCCCAGACAUUCCUUUCCCAGACUGCCCUUCCAUGUCCUGAACUGUGGGCGGUGGCGCAUGCUGUGAGCGGUGGCGCAUUCUGUUGGAGGUGUUGCAUGCUGUGGGCGCUGACGCAUGCGACCCUAAACCCAUGACAGUCACAGAGACAUGUAGAGUAAUAAACUGACCUGAUGACUCCAGCUGAAUAAUGGCUCCCAAGAGGUGGGUGCCCAUACCAGAACUGGUCCCCUACAAUGUGGAGUAACAGCCUGUAGAUCCAAGUAUAAAUCUGAUUACCAUUUGGAAUCCAGAAGGAUUUUCUUUGUCUCAAUUUGUGCCAAAAAUGGCAAUCUCUUCAUAUUAGGAGUUCCACAUUCUCUUGGAACAACAGCAGAUAAAGAAUUUCAUAAAAAGCAUCGUACAUUACUAAGCAAUUGUGUUUAAUAAUUUGCAGGAGAUAUUGUGGGUUGAAGGCAUUUCAAUGUAAAUCCAAUUGGAUGCAGAAAACAGAUUGAAUGAUGAUGUAUAAGACCGUAAUUAAUAAUAUCCAUUGUGCAGAGAACCCACUGUUGUGUUUGUGUUCCAAGCACAGUUUAUACAUCUUUGUGUGUUGGCCUUGGAUACAAGCAGUUACUGAAUAGUACCCUUGUCAUUAGUUCUGCCUUUGUGCUGCUCACAGUAUCACCUAGGAGCCGCUUCAAUUCUAUGUUUCUUUUUUCGAGGUUGUACUACCAUGGAUUCCUGCGGAGGGUCUGUGCUUGCCUGUCGGUGAGAUUUGAUCUGUGAUCACCAUUAUUCUUUAUUGAUGCAGUAUCUUCAUGUUUAGUAUACACGGUCAUUAUAUCGAAGUCUUUAUGCCCUUACAAAUUUGUAUAUAAAUAUAGCAUCCACCAUUCAGUAUGGGGUCCUUAAUAGACCCGUGCAUUUAAUUUUGGCAGAUUGGCAAUUUGUCCAAAUUUAGGCUGAUCGGCUUUUCCAAAGCACCGUACAGAUGUAUAACAGAGCAAACAACUAAGACAAUGGUCAAACGUGUUCGCUUGCUUCAGGAUUUGAAGUUCCACCCAUGGCACCAACAAAAGAGAUUAUCAAUGGUAAAUAAAGAUGAUUGAUAGAAAAUUGGGCAGAUGAUUGAUAGAAAAUUAUUUAGAAAAAUGGGUAGACUAGAUGGGCCGAAUGGUUCUUAUCUGCCGUCACAUUCUAUGAAACAGCCACUAAAUGCUGAUUUCAUUCACCGACCAAGUGAGAUGUGACCAAUAGACUGAAAAAAACUGGAGCAAUAUAUUUACAUAUUUAUAACUUAUACAGCUAAUACAUAUGGAUAAUAUAUAAAUAUAUAGAAUAUUUGUAAUGAGCCUCCUCUUUUUCACUCUAUUGUCUACUUUUUCUUUUUUGAUCUGUGAACCGAAUAUUAGGAAAAUGCACCUAUUGGAGUACCGCAAAAAAUAUACAUAAUAUUGAUACUAUGUAUAUAUUUUGCAGUACACUUAUUAUUUUUUUUUUUGUCUAUUUUGUUUUUAUUGAGUUUUAUCACUUCAAUAUGUUUCAGUACACUUAAUGGCUCAUUAUUGUUCGGCCGAACAGCAUUAUUUUCGCCAAGUUCAAGUCUAGUCCAUAAACUCAGGUAACUUCCACUUGACAUAUGUGCCCCAGAACUCCCUUGGGAAUAACAAACCUUUGCCUUAAAACUAACUUGAAAAAUCAUUUAAUAGAAAAUUCAUAACAGUGACUUGUGUAUAGAAUAAAAUCAUGCUAUCUUUGUCCUGGAGACCUUUGACAUUAUGGUUUCUUAUGAUACCUUCAGAACCCCUAGAUUACGGCAUUUGGCACAAGAUUGUCUGGGAGAGUUACCUGUUUCACUAGCAUAUUGCUUACAAAAAGGUUUAACAGUAUCUAAUAAAGUUUUCAUCGUUGGUGAGAGUCCAGUGUAUAAUAGAGUCUGGAACAGAAAAAUCACCCACAGAUUACCCCCUGUAAUCCCUAUGUUCUUGGUCUGUAUAAUUAAGUGUAUUGCUCAGACUCUGCGUUUUUUCAGACAGAAUGUUGGGGUCUGAUUGAAACUGGCUUGCUGGCUCUCCGUUUCACAUGGAUAGAUAUGACAGUCCAUAUUCAGGGUUCCAUCCACAGAUCAUACAGACACCGCUUUCUCUCUUAAGCCUGACGUUUACUGUAAUAAUCAGAACCAAAGGGCAUGCACAUAUCCUUUCCUUUGUUUCUGGUGGGUGCAUCUGAAUUAUAUGAUUAUUAUUAUAAAUUGGUAGGGUUCUUUUUUGGCCUGUCACUUUUAUUAUCAGUUUAAUAUCAAUGGCAUGAAUUUACUUUUCUGCGUGUAUUCCUAUAGACAGAAUAUACAUUUUCAAAUCCUUUAGUUGACAUUGGCUAAUCUAUCUACUUUUAAUUUUAUUUUUCACUAAUACGUCAUGCCUCAUGAUUCCACUAAACCAAAAUGAUAGCCAUGAGUUCAACAGGUGUAAAUGGCUCUAAAUUUUACUUUUGAGUUUAAAUUUCAAUUUUAUCUUUGAUCUGGUCAUUUUAGUAACCCUAAUAUACAUAUGGUAAGACUAAGUAGAGACAGCUAAUGUUCAGUCUAUUAUUAAGAAGGACACAUGACGUAAUUUUCCGUCACGUUAACCUUUUAUUGCUGAAGCUUAAGUGAUUAUGAUCUUUGAAAAGACUUGACUUGCUCCUUACUGCACUAUUUAACCUACUAAUCUGCAUUCUGUAUAGUGAGUGCACAAUCGCACAUUUUUUCCACCGGAUGUGGUACAGCAGUUGAGUUUUCUUGCCUGAAAACCCUGCCCCACUUGUUACGAAGCUUAAUAUCUUAUAGAGUUUUUUUAAUUCUUUGGUUGGGACAAAUACUCUUUUUAAUGAGUUCCUAUUAGAUGGAUCAGACAGACAUUUAAGUUUAAGUCUCAUGCAGUUGCCAUCUCCAGUGCACUGGGGAUCCCUGUAGAGUGGAGAGAGUUUAACUAAGGUGCUUUGCAAAAUUAAUUCAAAUUUUUAUUAUAUUACAAGAAUGGGUCAAUUACCUAAUAUUAUGGCAGACGAAAGGAUUGAAAGUCUAAUGCCAAGUAAAUCAUUUAGUUUCUUGUAUUCAUACAUAUAUACCAAAAAUUAUAUUUUUAAGUAUUUAUUGCCAUGAACUAUGUUUAUAACAAAAAUAUCUGUUCCUUUUCUACCUUUGACUUGUUUUUCAGGUGACACGAUGGGUGGAUUCCUACUCCUGUGUGUGACUUCAUCUUUAUUGGCGACAACUCUUUGCUGCCCCGAUACCUGUCUUUGUGUGGAUAAAUAUAACCAACAGUUUGCUGACUGCACGUAUAAAAAGCUUCAAAAGGUUCCAAGCGGAUUCCCUUCCAAUAUAACCACUCUGAGCCUCUCGGCCAAUAAAAUUAGCUUACUUAAAAGAUCAUACUUUGUGGGGGUGCCCCAGGUAACGUCAUUGUGGUUAGCCCACAAUGAAAUCAGUGUAGUUGAAGAAGGGACGUUGACUGUAAUGACACAACUAAAAAAUCUGGACAUCAGUCACAACCAGCUUGUUGAAUUCCCAUGGAAGGAUUUGGCUAGCCUACCUGCCUUGCAACUUCUGAAAAUGAACAACAACCGGAUGGUAAACCUACCAGUGGAUGCCUUUCAUAACUUAAAGGAUCUCAGAUCUCUAAGGAUCAACAAUAACCAAUUCACCGUCAUUCGGGAGGGAACCUUUAAGCCCCUUGUCUCCCUCUUACAUAUGCAGAUUUAUAACAAUCCCUUCCAUUGUUCUUGCUCACUCCUGUGGCUUAAAAAGUGGACAGAUGAAGCCCAAAUAACUGUGGCUGAGAAGGACUCCAUUACGUGUGCUUCACCAGAAGAUUUACGUGGUACCGCUCUGUCAAAAAUCCCAGAGUUGCCUUGUGGUUUGCCCACUGUGCACCUGAGCUAUUAUCCUAACUUGGACAAUACAGAACUUCAUGAUGGAUUUACACUUACUCUUCAGUGUAUAGCCAGUGGGAGUCCUAUGCCCACUAUCCAGUGGAAAGUCCGCAAUGCCACCCAAGAGACUGAAAUUAAGGCACCAAAUGAUAAGACUCAGGUGUCUGGUCCCUUCCAGGUGUUUCAAAAUGGAACCCUACUAAUUCCACACCUGAGUAAGAAGUUGGAAGGGACCUACACAUGCCAGGCCACCAAUGAAAUGGGAAGCAGUCAAACUUCAGUCAAUGUUUCUGUGGCAGGAAGCCAGAAAUUUGCCACCAAGAAUGUGGAUGAACCAAUAUUGGGAAAGACAUCACCAGAUGGUAAAAAACCUGUUGUAGAAACCUCUGUAAACAGUGUGCUUAAACCAGAUAAAGGAGAAGAAAAAAAUAAGGGUGUCAUGCCCACUUCGGAAACUAUGGGAACAACUGGCAAUAAAGGAGAGACAUUGGAAACAAACGAUCAUCCAAUAAGAUUUGAAAAGAAGUGUGGGUCAAGUGUGAAUAGUCAGCACGUAUCAAAUCAUGCAUUUAAUGAAAGCGAUAACUUAAAACCUCACAUAUUUGACCUCGGUGUUAUAGCUUUAGAUGUUUCAGAGAAGGAUGCUAAGGUUCAAAUUACUCCAUACCCCACACGUGCAGGAAAGGAUCACCUCAAGAUGCUGUAUCUCUGCCAGGAGAGCAGCAAUGGUUACUCUUUGGUCCAGUGGUCAGAAAUUGAAGAUAGGAUGAAUUCCUACUGGUUCAGAGGAUUAACCCCUGGCACCAACUACUCAGUAUGUCUAACGUACAAAGGUGAAGACUGCCAGGUACAAGUGGUCUUCACUACUAAGAAAGAAGUGCCCUCUUUAAUCAUUAUUAUUGUAGUGAGCAUUUUCCUUUUGGGCUUAGCCACUAUCCCACUGAUGGGUGCUACCUGUUGCCAUCUACUUAAUAAAUACCAUGGCAAGAAUUAUAAACUGAUCAUGAAGGCCCACAAACCUGAUCCUAUGGAGAAGCACAUGGCGGCUGACUUUGACCCAAGAGCUUCCUACGUGGAGUCAGAGAAAAAUUAUAACCCUAGUGAAGCAGAGGAAGGGGAGGCUGAAGCUGCACCAGCAGAAGGUGAAGUAGAAGGGGAACCGGAGGAAAAUGUGUUGGAUGAGACCCUUCCAUGUUCAGAAUCCAAGACCAACCAAGAAGAAUUUGAAGUGGGGUCAGAGUACAGUGAUCGGCUCCCACUUGGAGCUGAGGCUGUGACCAUCUCCGAGGAGAUAAAUGGUAAUUACAAGGAACCUGCACGCUGAUCACUGGCAUUCAGAGGCAUCAACUACCCUUCCACACACAUAUAACAAUUUGUCUGUAAACACAUGCCAAAGUUUGUCCCAAUUUUAGGUCAGAAGGGGAAUGAAAAUAGAACCUUAACUAUAUUAUAUAAUCUCAGCUAGAAAGUCUUCAUAUCCAAGCAACACCAGUGUUCACAGUAACUGGUUAAAAUGAUCAUAAGACCUUUUAUGUUUUAUGGUUUUUAGCACAAACAUACGUUCCACCAUAAGUAUUAUUUAUAGGCGAUUGCAGCCUGUUUUUAUAAGAUCCCUCUGUUUCUGACUCUAUCUAAUAGAGCAAUGGGUAUAUGGGAGUAUUUACUCAACCCCUAUUCCACCAUCUUUAAAGUUGCCGUGUUGAUCAUUUAACUUUAUGCAUCUUACAGGUGUUUAGAUGUUUCUACUUUUGAUAUAUCCAUAUAUAUAUACAUACAUAUACGUAUAACUGUGCACAAGGAAAUGCCUUUGCAUUUCUACUGGCUGCACAUGUUCUUUCGCAGAACAGUGGUGUUCUCGAUAUCUUUGUAUGUGUGUACGUGUGUACUGUACAUAUCUAUGUAACCAAGUGCAGUUUUUAGCAGUGUGCUAAACGUUGUGUACCUGUAUAUACAUACACGUGAAGGGUAUACGUAAACUGAAUAUUAAUAUUGUAGUGGACCAAUCAGCAAAGACAAUUAUUGCAAUCAUUGUUUGUAGCUGCGUAGUCUUAUGUAAAUGUGCCGAUAUUUCUUAUUUUACAUUGGGUGAACAAGUAUUUAGUAAUUUGUAAUAAUUUGUUACUGAAGGCUCUGAACUGUCUAAUGUAUCAGUAUACUGCCAUUGAAAUGUAAUGUCCAUUAAUUUCUAAAUUAAUAGCAACUGUUGAUUUGUUAGUAUAAUUUUUGUAAUACAAGCUAUUAACACUGGUGAAGAAAAUCAGACCCAUGAGCCUUAACCUAGUAAUUUAUUAGUAAAGGUGUAUUAAAAAACGUAAAAAGAUGAUAUGAUCUGAGAUAUAUUUAUGGCCUUCGCGAUCAAUGACAUGCUGGGACUGUGACAAUAACAAGCAAUUUGACUGAUCGUAGUCCCAUGCCUCCUCCCAUCACUCCUCAAUCUAGUGGCACAGUCCUGAUUUGGAACCCUGUUUAUAAAGUGUCAGAUGUUUAUCUGGUGUAAUUUAUCUGGCUACACAGAAUGAGCAUGUCAUUAAAUGCGCAUGCACACAUGGAAGACUAUAACUGGCCAUUUCUGCCUGUGAAAGGGUGCUUCUACAGCUAUUUGAGCAUGCGCGGACUCUAUUUAAGAGCUGGAAAUUUAAGGGAGGCUUAUCAAGGCAAAAUCUAAAAGAUAGAAUCCAGACUAGCACCUGUUUGCUUUGAUAAAUCUCCCCCUUUGUGUGUCAGCUCACUUGCUCACCUGGCUACCACAACCAUUGUUUGGUUGCACCUUCUGCCUCUUGUCACCAGAGCCUCUUGUUGUGGCACGGGCAAGUCCUCUUUGUGGCGAAGCUCACAUUAGCAGGUGUUCAGUCCUGAAGGAGUUAAACAAUAGUAGUGGAUACAUUGACUCACUAGUUAAUCUUCUGAUCACUGCACAUCCUCCUGUGUCAUCGCUGACAAUGAGAAAAUAAGGUUUAUGGAAAUCCCAAGGGUUCCUUAUUGCAUUAAGACAGAAGGAUUAUGAAGGGGGUGGGAUAUGGUGAAUGGAGCCCUGCUGUGUGUCUGCUCUAAUCCAUAUCAUCUCGGAGACCCAUAUUCUGUCCCCUUGGGAACAUAACAGGCCUGUUAUACUCUGUUAUGGAGUCAGUAACUGUACUCGAGCACUAUCGCACCCUUUCUAUUCAAGAAGAAUAACAAGCACAAGCGAUUCUGUUUUUUAUUAUAAAAUUAAUAUUUUCUAAGAACAAUAAAAAUAAAAAAAACACCGCCCCAAAUUUUUUUUUUACAUUUCAAAAAAAAUAAAAAAUCUUAAAUGAGUGGAAGUAGGAAAUGUAACCAUUCAUAGGCAAGCAUGGGAGUCACAUAAUUUCUAUUUAAAUUAUAGUGAAGAUAUUGCUGAAAUUGAAUUGUUAAAUAGCAACUUAAUGCUUGAUAUGAAUCACUGUCUGUGAGGUCCGGCAGAUUAUGUUUCUGCCAUAAAUGAGAAUAAUUACAUCUAUCAGAAGGGUUUAUUCACUACAGAGUGAGCUAGGGUGAGCUUAGAAUGAAAACAAAAUGAGAAAAUGUGUCCUUAAUUUUGGAAUUCCGUCUUUAGUGAAUCAACCUUUGCAUGUGUACAGAUGCACAUACCCAUAAUAAACGCUGUGUACUCAUAUAUGUAUAUACUCUAACGCACACAGGUGUAUAUAGAAACUGCACAAAUUGAAUAUAAAUGGCAAACAUUAAAUUGAUUCAUUGUUUAAUUAUUAUGAGAACUGGUUGAUAUCCCUGUCCAUGUCUUUAGCACACAUACAUCUUGUUACUUCAUUUUUUUAAUACAAUUUUUUAGUUACAAUUAAUGUUAUGCAAGAUAUAAGAAUUAAGCAAAAGAUUUAAAACAUAGCAAGAUGUAAAACCAAAAAUGUAGUCUGGCUGUACUAUACUUGGUUCAUUAUUUGCCUGUGAUUUUUCUAGGGAUUUAUUUACUAAAGAGAUACUGGUAAUGACCUGAAAAUCAAAAUUAAUACUAAUAUAUUACGACUAAUAUGGCUUAGACAUUUCUAAUUCACUGUUUAGUAAAUAACCCCAUCCGAGCCUGUUAUUGCAUUCUUUAUUACACACAGAAGAUAAUUCCCUACACACUGCCAGGAAGUAGAAGCAGAAUUGUAAAAUCGAGGCAAAAUGUUCUGAUAUGAUGUUAAGGAAUUAAGAACAAAGUAAUAUAGUUAUAGAAUCAUACACAAAUGUACAUAUUCAACCACGCUCUCUCUCUCACACACACAUGUAUUAUACUGUACAUAAUCAUGGUCUAUUGCUUUCUAUUUGUGUUUGAAAUGUGUCCAUUCCUACUUGUCUUCAGAAGAAAAGAGGUUAUUGUGGAUUUAACUUGUAUAAAAUCUAAGUGUAUUUUAUUGUGGGAUGGGGGUGGUGGAGAAUACAAUUAAAGGAUUGUGAAUGUGGCUUCUUCUUUAAUUGGUUAAAUUAUUAUGAAUAGAAAUUGUCAUUAUUCAGGGAAUAGUGGGUCAUUUCUUUUUACACCUUACAAUUCAUGCAGUUCCUUUUCAUAACUCAAACUAAUGUUGUAUAUAAUCUUUCCCUAUAGCUCAUCCUAUUACUACACAUACCAUCUCCAUAUAACUCCUCCUAUUACUCCAUAUAACCUCUCCCUAUAACUCCUCCUAUAACUCCAUAUAACCUUUCCCUAUAACUCCUCCUAUUACUCCAUAUAACCUCUCCCUAUAACUCCUCCUAUUAUUCCAAAUAACCUCUCCAUAUAACUCCUCCUAUUACUCCAUAUAACCUUUCCCUAUAACUCCUCCUAUUACUCCAUAUAACCUCUCCCUAUAACUCCUCCUAUUACUCCAUAUAACCUCUCUCUAUAACUCCUCCUAUUACUCCAUAUAACCUCUCCCUAUAACUCCUCCUAUUACUCCAUAUAACCUCUCUCUAUAACUCCUCCUAUUACUCCAUAUAACCUCUCCCUAUAACUCCUCCUAUUACUCCAUAUAACCUCUCCCUAUAACUCCUCCUAUUACUCCAUAUAACCUCUCCAUAUAACUCCUCCUAUUACUCCAUAUAACCUCUCCCUAUAACUCCUCCUAUUACUCCAUAUAACCUCUCCCAUAACUCCUCCUAUUACUCCAUAUAACCUCUCUCUAUAACUCCUCCUAUUACUCCAUAUAACCUCUCUCUAUAACUCCUCCUAUUACUCCAUAUAACCUCUCUCC